CAAGUGGAUGGGUUGGAAGUUAUGCACUUUGAAAAACAUUCACUUUGUUUAUUCUAAGCUUAGUGGGGUUUGGAUUUGAUGAAAUUAAAUAUUGAGCCUUUCUGUAGCUUUCUAAGCUAAGAAGUGAAUUGUUACCCAGCAACAAAAUAAAAGGAAUUGUUUUUCUCUAUUGUUUACAAAAAUACUCAGCUUAAAGAAUUAUGCUAGUUGAAUGUGAUUUAAAUUUGGACAUUUUCAUCAAAGCAAUUUAAUGUCUAGAUAAAGAACUAUUUCAACCAUAAGUGAAUUGGCAGCAUAUUUUUUACAUUGAACUUUUCUUCGCUUGUAUAUGAAGACAAUGUAUAACUACUUAUUUAUGAAUAUAAGAAAGGAUAGGCUUAUUUUCUUUAACUGAAUAUACUUGAUUAUUGAUUUAUAGAAUCUGAUUUGACAAAAUUAAUACAUAGCUUCAAUAUGAGAUCUUUUUCAAAACUAUUUUCUUAACCAAAUGUAUAUUUCAUGAGAAUACAUUCAACCCUGUACCUGGUAUGAUUUUAAAAUUAAUUGCUUGUAACUUUACUAAUAAUGUUUAUUAUAUUUCCUAAUAGUGCAUUAAUAAUCAGGCCUUUAAAUUUUUAUAAAUACUCUUCGAAAAAUACUUAUGUCAAAAAUUUCAAGAUAUCACAAGUUCAAAUAAUACUUUUUUGUAUAUGAGUGAGCCUGUUGUUUUUACCAUGCAUUGUUGCAUGAUUUUAAGUUAUGUGGAAUUAACAUAACUGAUUCCAUUUUAAUUGUAAUUUGUUAACUCCUGUACAUACCAUUAAAAUAAAUUUGAAGUUGAAGUAGUGUUUUCAGUUAAAUUAUGCUUAGAAGUAGUUUGCUAGUUCUUCAUCAGAGAAAAUAAAUCCAAUAUGGAUCUCAUAUUUUUAUGUGAUUAAAAAUUCGUUUGAAUGAGUUGUGAGAAUGAGAAAGAAACAUGAUGCUUUGUAUAACUGAAAAAAAGUUUAUCGGCAUGAGAAUAGGCAGAGUGUUGCCCUGGAGGGUGGAAUUAACAGAUUUAGUAAAGCAUCUCACCACAGUCGAUGCUAAUAGUUUAAAGGAAAAGUUCCCCAGAAGUUAGGCAGCUCUAAAAUGGCUGGUAGGCAUUUUUUUUUUUUUUUUUCCAGAAAGUUAGGGAAUCAAAUGAACUUUUUUCCCUAGUUGAGCAUUAACUGACGGUCAUGACAGUAGAACCAUUAGAUUUUAGGUUUUAAUAUUAUAUGUGUGUUAUCUUUCAUCAGUUAAUAAUGAGUAAGCUUAUUCAGGAAAAAAAAAAAAAGUAAACUGAUCAAAAACUCAGCAUCUCCAGUCUUUCAUUUCCUGCUAUUCAGGAAAUUGUUUAGAACAUCUUGAUGUCCUCCUUGUUCUUCCCGGACAGUGGCUUUUUGUGAGUUUUUUUCCUGCUACGUAAUGUGAUAUCUGCUUUGGAGUUUUUGGAAAAUCUUAAUACAUUUAGUGAAGUUCAACUUUUGUCAAGUUUUAUUAUAAAACUACUUAUCAAAACCUAAUUUUUACUAAACAGUUUGCAUUUCUGUCUAUACGUUUUUGAUGUGGAAGUGAUAGUAAUACAUACAGUGCUCAAGUCCCGACCAGAGUUCACAAAAUCCAGUUAGCAGAUACUACAUAAACCAGAGCUGCUGAGAUUGGUAAAAUAAAUAGUUCAGGUGCAUUUGUUAGUCUGACUUUUCUAAGGCUGGUUUGUUUCAGUUUUUACAAGAUGCAUUAUCAUACCCUUAUAACAUGUAAAAAUAUUAUGUGCCAUAUUAUUUGAUACUUAAAGUUGUUAGAAUUCAGAUAGUUUCUAAUUUAACCUUUGGAAGUUUUUGAAUUUGGGUAUGAGUCUGUAGGAAGCCACUUUUUAUGUAAGACCUUCCCUGUUUGGAUCGUGUUGUGUGUCUAGGAUUCUUCACGUCUUUAAUGUUGGGAACUUUAGUCUUGGUGACUGGAGACAACAGCUUUUUUGAACAGUGAGAAAACAUCAGCCUUUGGAGACAGUGGCUGAUUCUUGCUGAGCUUAACACUUCUGAGAUAGAUCUUUUAUGGAUGCUAACUAAUCCCUGGGUGGUGCAAAUGGUUAUUUUGCUCAGCUGCUAACUGAAAGGUUGGAGGUUCGAGUCCACCCAGAGGUACCUCAGAAGAAAACCGUGGCAGUCUACUUCGAAAAAAAAGAACCGUUGAAAACCGGAUGGGGCAUAGUUUUCCUCUGACACACGUGAGGUCACCAUGAGUCUGAAUCGACUCCAUGUCAACUGGGGGGCAAUAGUAUAAUUCUUGCCUUUCAUGUAGAAGAUCUGGGUUUGAUUUCCAGCCGGUGCAUCUCAUGCACACCCACCACGCAUCAGUCAAUGGAGAUAGGAUGCAUGUUGCUAUAAUGCUGAACAGGUUUCAACAGAACUUCCAGACUAAGAUGGACUAGGGAGAAAGCCUUGGUGGUCUGCUUCUGGAAAUCAGCCAGUGGACAUCCUAUGGAUCACAGUCUGAGCUGCAACCAAUCAUGUGGAUGGUGCAGGAGCAGGCAUAUUUACUUAAAUAUCUCUAAAGUGCUCAUUUCCAUAUCCUUGGCCUGUAUUAUCAAAAUACAUGUCCAGGCUUUACUUCGGAGCUACUGUGUUAGAAUCUUUGGCGGCAAGGCCAAGGAAUGUGCAUUUUAACAGGCAUCCAGAUGAUUCCUGAGCCCUCUCAAGUUAGAGGACUACCCUUACAUAUUGUGUUUCAUAUGUUAAUACUUUGGUUUCUGGUCAGAUACACAACUCCAUAAGUUAUAAAAGUAGUUCCUUGAUUUUGUUAGGUGGAUUUGCUCUAUUUCUGGUCACCAUCGUUAGUAAAAAGUGAUGACAAUCAGCCUAUCUUACGUAGCGUUUCUCCCCAAUUUUUAGACAUUUUCAUGAAAAAAACUUCCAGUGUCACUUCUGAACAGAUUAAACUAUUGAAAUGUAUCUGAACGGCUUCCAUCAGCAUCUAAUGUCAUUACCUGAUACUAAGCUUUUUACUUUUAAUGUCAAUACACCGUCUUUUGAAUGAUGCAGCUGUAUUUGGCCAGAUUCUGCCUUUGGACCUUAUGAGGAUUUUAAGUUGUAGAUUUUUAAAAAAUUGUUCUAAUUACAAGUGCAUUUCUCACUAUUUGUGUAAGUACACUCCUAUGUAUGAGGCUGAUCAUCUUGAUAGAAAAACAAUGCACUGCCCUUAGAUGCGCUGGGGGGAUGGGAAGUUAGGGGGGACCUACUGCUACCUCUUCUUGGAUAUGCAAAGUGCCUUCUUUAGCCUAUGGGAAAUUACACUGCCUAUGAACUCACCAUAAAGAAAAGCUAAUCAUAACCAAAGCAUCUUUUUCUAAGAACUAUCCGAAAUAUAUUUACCUGUAGUUCAGUCGUUACAGAUAAAAUCUGAAUGUUAGGAUAGUAAGAGGCACCCAGUGCCAUUGAGUAAUCAAUAAAAUAUGCUAUAUAUACCCUCUCAGAUAUCUAUAAUGGUGUUCGCAUAUCUCUAUGUGCAAAAUAAGAUAGAAUGAGAAGAACAAAUUGCAAUAAGCUUAGUUACGAUCAAGGAGCAGUCCAGUUCUAUUUCAGCUUUUUUAGUUAAAAAGACUUACUUAACCACAAAGAGGGUUUUGCUGUGAUGUCAAUAAUCGAUGUCUCCAACACCACACCAGUCUGAUUGGAGGUACAGGCCACAAUGGGUUAAAGAGUGCUUCAGAAAUGGAAAUAGGGCUGUUUUUUAGAUUGCCUUAGAUGUUGUGUGGCCUGAUCAGUGUAAAGGACUGGAUCUCUCUUGUGGAUGUCACUAACUCACUUUGCAAAGUGAAAUGCUUUCCAGUGGAACCAUUAAGGUGCUGCUCCUGAGUGCUCAGCAUUUACACUACAUUCCAUAGUCAGGAGCACAAGUAUGGAGAACAUAUACAAAUUUUGGCCAAAUGUGUUUUGUUAGUUGAGUCAAGUGUUAAUUGAGUCUAGUGUAGUAUUGCUGACUAAGGAAGUCAUUAGCAGUUAACAUCUAAUUCAAAUAGAUGAUAUAAAAAUUAAAAUACAAAGUUUUCUGAGUGAAAUUGUAUAAGUACUUUUUGCAUGCUUAAAAGAAUAGUAAUACUACUAUAACCGCAGAUGCUCUUGUACUACCCUCCAUCCCCCAGCCCCCCCAAAAAGAAAAUCCAAGACGAUCAUUUUCUUUUGCACGUCCGUGUGUAAAGAAGUCUAAAAUUGGAAUUUUGUUAACUUGCUCAAUUUAAAUGCAACUUACGAAUAACUUUGGGACAAAUAUUUAUUCUCUUUUGGUUUACAGAGCUUCUAUAGACUCAAAGGCUCAUGGACUUCCCAAGGGGGUAAACCCUAUCAUGGUUUUCACUAGCUUCCUUAACAUCCUAUUAACAGUGUUUUCCAAAUUAGCCUUUAAACUUUGUUUAGUAUGACUUGUGCCAAAAUUUUUUGAUUGGUGACAAUGUUGUUGUCUGAGUUGAUUGUGACCUGUGGCAACCUCACGUGUGACAGCGUAGAUCUGCUCCAUAGGGUUUUUUUUUUUUUUUUUGGCUGUAAUCUUAAUGGAAGAAGAUGGCUAGCCCUGCUGCCAGUGGGUUUAAGCUGCCAAACUUUAGGUUAGCAAUCGUGCUCAAACUGUUUGCGCCACCUAGAGGGGAAAAUAAUCCUUUUCAUUAACAUUUCAUACCUGAAAAGGGCCACAAAAGAAACCCUAGCUUUAUGAACAACUUACAGAAUGGGUGGAUUGAGUCUUGGUAGAGGCACAUGUCUUCUUAGGAAAGGAACUCAAGGAAUAAGAAUGCUUCAGCUGAGAUUCAGUGAGUGGGGUUGAGAUGGCAGAAUCCCGGAGCCAUCAGUCAGGCACAGCUGAUUUUCCUGAUUUAUUCCCCUUCGUCCCAACAGGACUACAACUGAGUCAUUCCAGACAUGAGACUGCACCCUUCUUUUCUUUUUCCUUUUUUAAAACGGUAAAGGAGAUUCCCUGGUUUACCACAGAAAUUCCCAUUUCUUUUGCUUACUCUUUAAAUUCGAUUUUGCAAUGUUUUUCACAUAUCUGAGUUGCUGAGUUUUCCACAUCUCUCUUCAGCUUAGAAUUAGUUUAGAAGAACCAAAAAAACCAAAGCCAGUGCCAUCGAGUCGAAGAGUGGGAGUUUAUUCUUUGAAGGAGUUUGAAUCAUGAGCCUUUCAUUUCAUCCAAGAAGUGAACCCAUGAGAGAGGCCUGGUGUUGGUCCAGCAGUCCCUCCUCUUGUUUAAACUCUUUCCUGAAUUUCCUAAACUUUCCUUAAAAACUUGGAAACCCUGGUGGCAUAGUGGUUAAGUGCUACGGCUGCUAACCAAAGGGUCGGCAGUUCGAAUCCUCCAGGUGCACCUUGGAAACUCUAUGGGGCAGUUCUACUCUGUCCUAUAGGGUCGCUAUGAGUCGGAAUUGACUCGACGUCACUGGGUUUUUUUAGUUUUGGUUAUCGUUGAACCAAAGUUUCUUGGCCACAAUUUAGACUCAGAUAACUAUGUAAACGCAAAUAAUGUCAAUUGGGUUGCUAGGUGGUACUUCUGGACCAGUAGUACAACUUGACUUAGGAAUUUGUUUUCUCAAGGAGUUCAAGCUGGCUUCAGGGUGAGAUGUGGAUGUUUGGGCCACCUUAUAAAGGGCUUUACAUUCUUGCAAAGGACAUAAAGUUUAUCCUAUAAACUCUGAAAAAUAAAUGUCAGAAAAAAAAAAAGGGGCAAACUGAUCGAAUAAUCCAUACCAACAAGUGCCCGCUUCACUUUUGAGUGUAAAGCGGAAGGGUAAAAGCAGAAGUGCUAGAGUCAGGUAAUCAUGGCCUUUAAACCUGGCCUAGUCCUUUCUUAGUUUUGUGACCAUAACCUUUGGUUUCUCAUUUGCAGAUGGGGGUAAUACCUACCUCACAGGGUUGUGAGAAGUAGAUGGAGUACAUAUAAAAUGUUUAGUAUGAGGCCUGGCAUGAUCAAUCGUUUAAUAAAUGCUGUAAUUGUUACUCUCUGAUACCAACUGUUAUGGAUUGAAUUGUGCCCCCCUAAAAAUGUGUGUCAACUUGGGUAGGCCAUGAUUCUCAGUAUUGUGUGAUUGCUCACCGUUUUGUCAUCUGAUGCGAUUUUCCUAUGUGUUGUAAAUCCUACCUCUAUGAUGUUAAGGAGGUGGGAUUAGAGGUAGUAAUGAGGCAGGACUCAGUCUACAACAUUAGGUUAUGUCUUAAGUCAAUCUCUCUUGAGAUAUAAAAGAGAGAAGCGAGCAGAGAGAUGUGGGGACCUCGGACCACCAAAAAACAAGAGCCAGAGGAAUAGCACAUCCUUUGGACCUGGGGUCCUUGGGCUGAGAGGUUCCCUGCCUGGGGAAGAUUGAUGACAAGGACCUUCCCCCAGAACCAACGAGAGAGAAAGCCUUCUCUUGGAGCUGGCACCCUGAAUCCUGACUUCUAGCCUCCUAGACUGUGAGAGAAUAAAUUUCUCUUUGUUGAAGCCAUCCACUUACGGUAUUUCUGUUAUAGCAGCACUAGAUAAUUAAGACAGCAACCAAAUGGACACCACCACAGCCCAUCUUUUUAAAUCUUAAAACUAUGUAGGUUGCUUUUUCUCCCCAAACUUAUUAUCCUGCAAGUACAGCCUUGAGGCAUCAUUUGGUUUGCUUCCCAUUGAUAAAGGUCAUUUUUUUUCAAAUCUGAACUGUAUAUUCUGGUUUCAUCUGAACCACUCACUGUCUCAUUCACUCCAAAAUAAAUCACUGUCCUCUUUGUGUGUCAGUUUUAUCCUCAUCAAAUUGGGCCUAAAUGUUCUUACCUCUUCUUAGUCUCUUUGUGAGUGUUGUUAUAAAAACAUGACAAUGAGAACACAAGCAUAAGAUACAUCUCAUAUUUUGCUUAUUAAUGAAAUCUGAUCAUUCUCAGGUCACCCUUCUUGGUCAAUAUAGCAAAUAAUCACAAAAAUAAAAAAUAAUCACAAAGCAUAUCUGUGUUAAGCACAUAGGGUCGCUAUGAAUCAGAACCAACUCGAUGGCACCUAACAAAAACAGGAAGAUAACUAGGAGCUCUGGUGGCACAACAGUGAAGGGCUUGGCUGUUAACCAAAAGGUUGGUGGUUCAAACCCACCAGCCACUCUGUGGGAGAAAGAUGUAGCAGUCUCCUUCCGUAAAGAUUAUAGCCUUGGAAACCCUCUGGGGUAGUCUUACUCUGUCCUAUUUAAGGUCACUAUGAGUUGGAAUCGACUGGAUGGCAAUGGGUUUUGUUUUGGUUUUAGGGAGAUAAUUGGCAUACGAACAUCCAAUUCCAACCAGACACUGUGUUAAGCACUUGAUACACAUCCAGUUUUAUUGGCCUAACAGCUGUAUAAGGUGUUGAUAUUGUCACCCUUAUAUUACAGAAACACUCAAGUUUUUAUUCCCGACUGUGAUCUACUUCCCAAACUCCAGUCCCACAUUUAUAAUUACAUGCUGUUUAAAUUCACUUGAUAGUACUGGGGUUAACUCAAAUUCAUUGUCUCUGAAAGUUCUUUUUUUUUUUUCCAAAACUAACUCCUUUUGGUUGGCUGUAUCGCAAUUUCUAUGGAGACAGAAAACUACAGUUUUUCUCGUGUCUUUGACUCCUUUUUAUUUAUUUUUCCUCCUUCUUUUUAGGUAUAAUAUUCAGUGAGCCACCAAUUCCCUGUUGAUCCAUAUUUUGAUAUUCCUUUUUCUAUUCGUAACUGCUACCACUCUAGUUUUCAUCAAUUCUCUUUCCUCUAACGAGUCUUCCUGCCUUUUGGUCUAUAUUGCACACAGUCACCAGACUAAAUCCUCAUAAGCUAUCACGUUCAUUAGGCUGUAGUCCCAAUAAAAAAGUAAUAACUGCCUUCCCUUUAUAUGUAAAUUUUUAUCCUGGCAUUCGGAGCUCCAAAAUACUCGGCCCUUCAUUCUAUUUUUAAGUUUUAGAUUUGUCUUUUAGGAACUUAUCUUCCUUUGACUCUUCUUUUCCUUCCUCUCUGAACUUUUUUCUUAUUCUUUAAAAAAUUUUUUUUUCAUUGCUUCUGAAAUUUGGUGUUCCCCAGGGUUUUGUUCUUGGCUUUCUUCUCAAACAACAUAUUCUCCAUGAGUGAAGUUAUGCUUGCACAGCUUCAGUUAUUUGACAAUACCUAAAUUUUUAUCCCCACACAUCUGUCAGUUUUUCUUACUGUGGUGGCUUGCGUGUUGCUGCGAGGCUGGAAGCUAUGCCACAAGCUUCUGCAUCCAGCUCUGGUCUCACUUCAAGUUUUAGAUUCAUAUAUCCAAAUUCUAUUAGACAUCUUUACUUGGUGGUUCACAUGCAAUAUGUAUAAAACCUAAUUGUAAAAAUUUCCUCCCAAACUGUUAUUGUUCCUAUCUGGCCUAGUUCAAUGAAUGACACUAUUAUCUACCCAGUCACCCAAGUCAGAAACUUAGGAGUUAUUAUCCUGACACCCUUUUUCUAUUUCCACAUCUAAAUAGGGAGCUUGUCAUAUGGGUUUUACCUCCUUAACAUCUCUUGUCCUUUUCAUUGCACCCGUAAUGCUCAUUGUCUUAGCCCAGGUCAUCAUCCCUUUAAGAGACUCUUCAAGUCCUAAGUGAUUUCUGCCUCUCCUCUUGAAGUCCUCCAAGCUGCCGCUUUUCUAAAAUAUCAGUAUGGUUUAGCUAUUGCCCUGCAUAAGCCCUUCCAAUUGUUCUCCUUUUUCUAAAGGAGUAAGUGAUAACGUGCCAAGCUCCCAUAAAUGUCACUAAAGGUUUACCACGUCCUGGACCCUGCUGACCUCUUCAGCCUUGCUUCUCACUGGGAACCUUUGGCCCAAACCUAUGCUUCAUCACUGUUGAGCAACAACAGUUCUCUAGGUUUUCUCGUAUUGCUCCCCCUACCUGGAAUCAGGAAACCCUGCUGGUGUAGUGGUUAAGUGCUACGGCUGCUAACCAAAGGGUCGGCAGUUCGAAUCUGCCAGGCACUCCUUGGAAACUCUGUGGGGCAGGUCUACUCCGUCCUAUAGGGUCACUAUGAGUCGGAAUCGACUCGACGGCACUGGGUUAGGUUUUUUACCUGGAAUCACUUCUCUACUAUCUUCCAUUAUCUCUGGCUGACAAACUCACAUUUAUUUAUUUAGGGCUAAACUUGAGUCAACUCAGAUUUAUUAAAAAGUAAAUUAUUUCAAACUUCAGCACUUCAUUAUUAGUAACAAGUUAAUUUCCACAUACCUCAAAUGCUGAUGAGAAGAGCUGUGUUGGACCGUAACCAGUCAUCAACACCUCAGUGUGAAUGAGGAUCUUAGGGUGGAUUCUAAAUUGUGAAGUGAGGCAGACAGAACAAGAGAACAGCCGGUACUUGGAGUAAAGAAGAGGCAACCUAGGGAGAAAAUUUCCCUACCUUUACAAUUUUGCACAGGAACCCUGGUCUCAGGAAUACCCUCUCUAGCUCCUAAUCCUAGUUUACUCAAAAUCAUGUAAACUGGGUUCUCUAAAAUUCUGAUUCAUAUUUUACUACUACUAAUUACUGUUCAAGAACCAAGGCCCCACCAUGAUAGAAAAAAGAAGCCUGUUCUUUCUUAGAACUUUUGUAUGUUUUUUUGAACAUUUUAUUGUGGUUAGGUGAAAGUUUACAGAACAAAUGGGUUUCCCAAUCAGCAAUUUAUACAGUUUGUUUCAUGACAUUGGUUGCAAACCCGUGAAUGUGCCAGCACUCUCUCUCCUUCCUCUUUGGGUUCCCUGUGUCCAUUUGCUCAGCUUUCCUGCCCCUCUCUUCCUUCUGACCUUUGCUUUUGGGCAAAUGCUGCCCUUUAGGUCUUCUAUAGUUGAUUGUUCUGAGGUGUACAUUUCUUGCUGAUGUUAUUGUUCAUUUUAUAGGCCUGUCUAUUUUAUGGCUGUAAUGUGAUCUCCGGAAUCACUCCCAAGUUCGAACUGUGUCUACUAAGGGCCAUAGUCUCAGGGGUUCCACCAGUCUUUUUCAGACCAGUAGUUCUGGUCUUAUUUAUGAGCUUGAAUUUUCUCUCCCACUCUGUCCUACUCUUGUGGUCUUGGUGAGAGCUGUCAGUAGUGGUAGUGGGGCAUCAUCUAGUUCUUCUGCUCUCAGGCUAGUGGAGGCUGUGGUUCAUGUGGUCCAUUAGUCCUUUGGUCCAAUUGCUUCUUUGAGUUUUUGGUUUUCUUCGCUUUUCUUUGCUCUGGAUGGUAAGAGACCAACUGUUGUAUCAUAGAUGGCCGCUCGCAAGUUUUUAAGACCCCAGUUGCUACUUACCAAGGUAGAAUGUAGAACAUUGUAUGGAUUAUGAUGUGUGAAUUGACCUAGAUGUCCCCAGAGACAGUGGUCCCUAGCCCUCCAACCCAGUACCUCAGUCCCUGGAAAUGUAUGGUGAAGGCUAAGAAGUUUUCAUGGGUAUAUUUGCAGCAUGUACACAUAUAUAUAUGCAUGGGUGUACAUAUCUACCUAUGUAUCCACUUGUACAUUGUUAUUACUGUUGUUGCAAUAUUGUAUAUGUAUUAGUACUUAGCAUUCUUGCCUUUUACUUUUGUAUGCCUUUCAGGGUCUUCCUUUACCUUAUGUUGUAUUGACUUCCCCCAUAUUGUGUAUUAUGUCUCCUUUCACCAAAGUUAGUGCAUAUCCACUUAUUGGUUUUCCUUCCCCCCUCUCCCAUCCCUAGUAGCCAUCAAAGAAUGUUUCUUUCUGUGUGAAAACUUUUUCUUAACUUUUUACAGUAGUGGUCUUAUUCAAUAUUUGACCCUUUGUGACUGACUUAUUUCACUCAACAUAAUGCCCUUUAGGUUCAGCCAUGUUGUGAGAUGUUUUGAGGAUUCAUCAUUAUCCUUCAAAGUUUCGUAGUAUUCUACUGUGUGUAUGUACCACAGUUUGCUUAGCCAUUCAUCUGUUGAUGGGCACUUAGGCUGUUUCCAUCCUUUUGCUAUUGUAAAUAAUGCUGCAAAGAACAUGGAUGUGCAUAUGUCUAUACAUGUCACAGCUCUUAUUUCUCUAGGAUACGUACCUAGGAGUGGUAUUGCUGAAUCAUAUGGUAUUUCUAUUUCUAGCUUUUUGAGGAAGCGCCAUAUUGUCUUCCAUGGUGGUUUUACCAUUUUACAUUCCCACCAGCAGUGCAUAAGAGUUCCAAUCUUCCUACAGCCUACCUAGCAUUUGUUGUUUUCUGUUUUAUUUUUUUGAUUGGUGCUAUUAUUAUCAGUGUUAAAUGGUAUCUCAUUGUAGUUUUGAUUUUCAGCUCUCUAAUGACUAAUGAUUGCAAACAUCUCUUCAUUAAUUUGUUGGCUGCUAGACUGUCUUCUUCAGUGAAGUGUCUGUUCAUGUCCUUUGCCCAUUUUUUAAUUGGGUUAUUUGUCUUUUUGUUUUGAGUUGUUAGAGCUUUCUAUAAAUUUUAGAGAUUAGACCCUAGUUAGAUGUGUGGUAGCCAAAAAUUUUCUCCCAGUCUGUGGGUUCUCUUUUUCAUUCUUUUGGAAUAAUCUUUUGAUGAGCAUAAGUAUUUGACUUUCAGAAGGUCCUAAUCAUCUAGUUUAUCUUUUGCUGUUUGUGUUUUUUUAGUUAUGACAAACCCACAUUAAAAGAUUCAGUUCAGGUAACACUUCCCCUAACGUAGCAUUAACCAGUUUGUCUCUUGUGCUUCUAAUGUCUUCUGUAGAGAAGUCAAUAUAUUUUGUUUCACUUAUCUAUUCACAUGUCUACUGUUUCGGCUAGACGGUGAACUUCUUGAGGGUAGGGACCAUCUCAUUCAUCUUCGCAUCUCCAGGACUCAGUUUCAAAGCCUAACACAAACGCUGCUACCAUCCCUCUGGUCCCCCCUGCUGCAGAGAAAGAAAAUUACAUCGAGAUCCAUGCAGCCGGCAAUGAUGAUGUUUUCCAGUAAAUACUGGGCAAGGAGAGGGUUUUCCCUGGAUUCAGCGGUGCCCGAAGAGCUACUUGGCAGCUUAACACUAAAUAAAGCUAGCUCUGGCAAAAACGAUGACAAGAAAAGCAAGGGAAGCAGCAAGAGUGAAACUGCUACUGAGAGCGGCAAGACAGCCGUUGUGUUCUCCUUGAAAAACGAAGUUGGUGGAUUGGUGAAAGCCCUGAGACUCUUCCAGGAAAAACAUGUCAACAUGUUACAUAUUGAAUCGAGGAAAUCCCGGAGAAGAAGUUCUGAGGUUGAAAUCUUUGUGGACUGUGAGUGUGGUAAAACAGAAUUCAAUGAGCUCAUUCAGUCACUGAAAUUUCAAACCACAAUUGUGACACUGAAUCCGCCAGAGAACAUUUGGACAGAGGAAGAAGAGCUAGAGGAUGUGCCCUGGUUCCCCCGGAAGAUCUCUGAGUUAGACAAAUGCUCUCACAGAGUUCUCAUGUAUGGUUCUGAGCUUGAUGCUGAUCACCCAGGAUUUAAGGACAAUGUCUAUCGACAGAGAAGAAAGUAUUUUGUGGAUGUAGCCAUGGGUUAUAAAUAUGGUCAGCCCAUUCCCAGGGUGGAGUACACAGAGGAAGAGACUAAAACUUGGGGCGUUGUGUUUCGGGAGCUCUCCAAACUCUAUCCCACUCACGCUUGCCGAGAAUAUUUGAAAAACUUCCCUCUGCUGACGAAAUACUGUGGCUACAGGGAGGACAACGUGCCUCAACUUGAAGAUGUCUCUGUGUUUCUGAAAGAAAGGUCUGGCUUCACAGUGAGGCCAGUGGCUGGAUACCUGAGUCCGCGAGACUUCCUGGCAGGACUGGCCUACAGAGUCUUCCACUGCACUCAGUACAUUCGGCAUGGCUCGGACCCCCUCUACACCCCGGAACCAGACACAUGUCAUGAACUCCUGGGUCAUGUUCCAUUACUUGCGGAUCCUAAGUUCGCUCAAUUUUCACAAGAAAUAGGCCUGGCAUCUCUGGGGGCAUCAGAUGAAGAUGUUCAGAAACUAGCCACAUUUCAGACUGCAGAAGUUGGUAAAAAUCUUCAAUUUCCUCAUCUUUGGCGUUACUGGCUGUGCUAUUUCUUCACGAUUGAGUUUGGCCUUUGCAAACAAGAAGGGCAGCUACGGGCAUAUGGAGCAGGACUACUUUCCUCUAUUGGAGAAUUAAAGCAUGCUCUCUCUGACAAGGCAUGCGUGAAAGCCUUUGACCCAAAGACAACCUGCUUACAGGAAUGCCUUAUCACCACCUUCCAGGAAGUCUACUUUGUUUCAGAAAGUUUUGAAGAAGCCAAAGAAAAGAUGAGAAUAGACACAGAGACACACACACGGGGGAAGACAGGUGCCAUGCAAGGAUUGUCUACAAACCAAGGGAUGCCCAAGAACCAAGGAGUGCCCAGAGCUACCGACAAGGAAAGAAUCAGCAUGGCUGAGACCCUAAUUUGGACUUCUAGCCUUCAGAACUGCCCCAACAUCUCUGGAGACCAAUCAGUUUCUCACCCAGAUCUGCUUCAAUAAAGAAGAAUUAUGGUUCUAUUUAGAAUAAUUGUUGACAUGCUUUGCCAAUGAAAACACCAGAUACAAGAUGAAUCUCAUGAGAAGUUAUAGGCAUCAGUUUAUAAUAGAAUCCCAAGUUGCCUUUGUCAAAUUCUGAGACCAGUGAUGUUGGCACUACCUGUUGAGGGGCAAGACUGCCUUUAACUGAGGUACCAGAGAAGACAAGAAAGCAAGUACACAACAACUCAGUAUUCAUGCUUUUUCUGAAAAAUUGUCCAGUCUUCCAUCCUGUUCUCCCAAGAUACUACCCAGAGCAUUGUGUUCUCCUUUUUUGUGUCAAUUAGGACAUUGAUAUCCUAGGCAUCAGUGAGCUAAAAUGGACUGGAUUUGGCCAUUUUGAAUUGGAAAAUCAUAUGGUAUACUACCCUGGGAAUGACAAAUUGAAGAGGAAUGGUGUUGCAUUCACUGUCAAAAUGAACAUUUCAAGAUCUAUCCUGAAGUACAAUGCUGUUGGUGAUAGGAUAAUAUCCAUAAGCCUAUAGGGAAGGCCAGUUAAUACAACUAUUAUUCAAAUUUAUACCACAACCACUAAUGCCAAAGAUGAGACAACUGAACACUUUUACCAACUUCUGCAGUCAGAAAUUGAUCAAACAUGCAAUCAAGAUGCAUUGAUAAUUACCGGUGAUUGGAAUGUGAAAGCUGGAAACAAAGAAGAAGGAACAGUAGUUAAAAAAAUUGGCGUUGGUGAUAGAAAUGACACUGGAGAGAUCGCAUGAUGGAAUUUUGCAAGACCAACUCCUUCAUUGCAGAUACCUUUUUUCACCAACAUAAACGGUGACUAUACACAUGGACUUCGCCAAAUGGAAUACACAGGAAUCAAAUUGACUACAUCUGUGAAAAGAGACAAUGGAAAAGCUCAAUAUUAUCAGUCUGAACAAGGCCAGGGGCUGACUGUGGAACAGACCAUCAAUUGCUCCUGUGCAAGUUCAAGUUGAAACUAAAGAAAAUUAGAACAAGCCCAAGAGAGCCAAAGUAUGACCUUGAGUAUAUCUCACCUGAAUUUAGAGACCAUCUUGAGAAUAGAUUUGACUCAUUAAACACUAAUGACUGAAGAACAGAUGAGUUGUGGAAUGACACCAAAUACAUCAUACAUGAAGAAAGUAAAAGGUUAUUAAAAAGACAGAACAGAAGGAAAAGAACAAAAUAAAUGUCAGAAGAGACUCUUAAACUUGCUCUUGAACAUAGAGUAGCUAAAGUGAAUGGAAGAAAUGAUGAAAUAAAAGAGCUGAACAAAGGAUUUCAAAGGGAGGCUUGAGAAGACAAAGGAAAGUAUUAUGAUGAAAUGUGCAAAGACCUGGAGUUAUAAAACCAAACGAGAACAUGCUCAGCAUUUCUCAAGCUGAAAGAACUGAAGAGAAAAUUCCAGCCUUAAGUUGCAAUAUUGAAAGAUUCUAUGGGGAAAAUAUUAAAUGUUCAAAUGAAGAUGGAAGGAAUACACAGAGUCACUGUACCAAGAAGAAUUAGUUGACAUUCAACAAUUUCAGGAGGUAGCACAUGAUCAAGAACAGAUGGUACAGAAGGAGGAAGUCCAAGGUGCACUGAAGGCAUUGGCCAAAAACAAGGCUUCAGGAAUUGACAGAAUACCAAUUGAGAUGUUUCGACAAAUGGUUGCAGCACUGGAAAGGGUCACUCAUCUAUGCGAAGAAAUUUGGAAGACAGCUACCUGGCCAGCUGACUGGAAGAGUUCCAUAUUUGUGUCCACUGCAAAGAAAGGUGAUCCAACAGAAUGCGGAAAUUGUCCAACAAAAUCACUAAUAUCACACACAAGUAAAAUUUUGCUGAAGAUCAUUCAAAAAUGGUUGCAGCAGUACAUCAACUGGGAACCUCCAGAAAUUCAAGCCAGAUUCAGAAGAGGACAUGGAAUGAGGGAUAUCAUUGCUGAUGUAAGAUGUAUCUUGGCUGAAAGCAGAGAAUUCAAGAAAGAUGUUUACCUGCAUUUUAUUGACCAUGCAAAGACAUUUAACUGUGCGGAUCAUAACAAAUUAUGGAUAACAUUGCGAAGAAUGGGAAUCCCAGAACACUUACCUGUGCUCAUGCAGAACCUGUACAUAAAACAAGAGGCAGUUGUUCAAAUCGAACAAAGGAAAACUGCAUGAUUUAAAAUCAGGAAAGGUGUGUGUCAGAGUUGUAUCUUUUCACCAUACUUAUUUAACCUAUAUGCUGAGAAAUAAUCAGAGAAGCUGGAGUAUGUGAAGAAGAACACCACAUCAGGAUUGGAGAAAGGUUCGUUAACAGCCUGUGAUAUGUAGAUGACACAACCUUGCUUACUGAAAGUGAAGAGGAUUUGAAGCACUUAUUGAUGAGGAUCAAAGACUACAGCCUUUAGUGUAGAUUACACCUUAAAAUAAAGAAAACAAAAAUCCUCACAACUAGACCAAUAAGCAACAUCAUGAUAAAUGGAGAAAAUAUUGAAGUUGUCAAGGAUUUCAUUUUAUUUGGAUGCACAAUCAACACCCAUGGAAGCAGCAGUCAAAAAAUCAAACGAUGCAUUGCACUGGGCAAAUCUGCUGCAAAAGACCUGUUUAAAGUGUUAGAAACCAAAGAUGUCACCUUGAGGACUAAGGUGUGACUGACUCAAGCCAUGGUGUUUUCAAUCACCUCAUAUGCAUGCAAAAACUGGACAAUGAAUAAAGACUGAAGAUGAAUUGAUGCCUUUGAAUUGUGGUGUUGGUGAAGGAUACUGAAUAUAUCAUGGACUCACAGAAGAACGGACAAAUCUGUCUUGGAAGAAGUACAGCCAGAAUGCUCCUUAGAAACCAGGAUGGCAAAACUUCAUCUCACAUACUUUGGACAUGUUAUCAGGAGGGACCAGGCCCUGGAGAAAAUAUUGUGUUUGGUAAAGUAGAGUGUCAGUGAAAAAGAGGAAGACCUUCAACAAGAUAGAUUGACAUAGUGGCUGCAACAAUGGGCUCAAGCAUAUCAAUAAUUGUGAGGAUGGCACAGUGUUUUGUUCUGUUGUACAUAGGGUUGCUAUGAGUUGGAAUUGACUUGACGGCACCUAACAACGACAGAAUACUUUUAGUCACGAGUGACUGUAACCCAACUCAAACUAUCUUAAGCCAAAGAGAAUUUUAUUUGCUUAAUAUCAUGGAUUGAACUGUGCUCCCCCAAAAUGUGUGUCAGCUUGGCUGGGCCAUGAUUCCCAAUAUUAUAUGAUUAUCCACCAUUGUGUCAUCUGAUGCAAUUUUCUUACAUGUUGUACAUCCUACCUCUAUGAUGUGAAUGAGGUGGGAUUAGCAGCAGUUAAAUUAAAGAGGCAGGACUCAAUCUACAAGAUUAGAUUGUGUCUUAAGUCAAUCUCUUUAGAGAUAUAACAGAGAGAAGUGAGCAGAGAGACAAGGGGAUCUCAAGAAAGCAGUGCCAGGGAGCAGAGCACAUCCUCUGGACCUGGGGUUCCUGCAUGGACAAGCUCCUAGACCAGGGGAAGAUUGAUGACAAGGACCUUCCUCCAGAGCCGACAGAGAAAGCCUUCUGGAACUUACACCCUGAAUUUGGACUUCUAGCCUCCUAGACUGUGAGAGAAUGAACUUCUGUUCAUUGAAGCCAUCCACUUGUGGUAUUUUUGUUAUAACAGCACUAGAUAACUAAGACACUUAUGUAACAAAAAAUUCCAAAAGAAGACGAGGCAUAGGUGAAUCCACAGCACCAUUGUUGUCAAGAUCUAGUCUCUAUCUCUCUGUUUGACUUUCCUGUGUGUUGGCUCCAUUUUUAGGCUAGCUCACCCUUUGUAUUGGCAAGAUGCAGUCAACAGCUGUUAGUUCACAUUGUUUCCAUUUAGCACCACAGCAGACACAUUUCGGGGUUGGCAAACAAUGUCACGAAACAAUUUAUGUAUUAACUGUUUAACAAGAAAGUAAUUUUCUCUGUAAACUUUCACUUAAAGCACUUUAAAAAAAAGAGAGAGCUCUUUUCAAGAGCUCUUCUUAGAAGUCUUAUCAACCGUUUAGGUCAUAUGUCUAUCCAUUCGUGAAACAAUCACAGGGAUCAGAGGUUUGGGGUAUACUUACUCCUGGAUCACAUACUUACCUUCAUACUAAGUUAGGUUUGGUCUUAGUCAACUGCUAGGCAAAGGAUGGAUGGGUGCCAGGUAAACAAAAGUAAUAGAAUACACUACAUCAUCUUUGUCAAGUUUGGACAGUCAGAACGUAUCUGGCAGAUAGAUGAGGAGCAGUGGAGAAGAGGACUAAUGAGCUCAGGCUUUAAUAGUUUAAUGUCUGUGGGAUAUUCCGUAAUUGGGUAAUAGGGAUCUGGAGAUCAAGAGAGAGGCUAAGAAGUCUCCUCAUGAUUUCAGAAAGAAAUUAUAUUUCUUGUAAGGCCUUAGCUUUCUAGAAUGGAGAUUCUGAACGUAUUUAGCCUCACAGCAUCUUGUAGUGCCAUUUUCGCUUUGACCAUCAUCAGCUACAGGACCUUCUCUUUCAUUCCUUUCUGUCAUUUUCCAUGGUAUUCAGAAUUAAAUACUAGGAGAUAUUUUAGUCUUUUUGUUCAUUGUUACGUCUCUAGUGCCUAGAAGAAUACUUAGCCCGUGGUGAGCAUUCAAAAAUUAUUUGUUGAAUAAACGAUUGAAUAAAUUGCACAUGUUAUUUUACAUACGGACGCACCAUGGAUUGGUAUAAUGUUAUAAUAAUGAAUUCUGCUUUGUCUACAAUGCUUUUCAUGAUGAAAUAGUUUCUGGUUGAGUUUUUUUUUGUUUUAUUUUUUUCUAUGGCUAUGGUAACUUGUUUCAUGGCCAUUAAUUCUUCUUAUUCAAUGUAGACCCUUUGUAUUGUGCCUUUGUAUGCCCUUUUGGAAUGUGACUUUUCUGUUCCUAUCAUCCAGAGGCAGAGUCUCUUAGUUCACUUCCCUGAAUUGGGACGAGAUUUGUUUUGCUUUUACCAAUAGAAGGUGGCAGAAGUCAAGCUGUGUAAGUCCUAGAACCUAGGCCUCAAGAGGCCUUGCGCCUUUUACCUUUGCUCUCUUUAUAUUUUGUCCCGAGACCCCCAUAUACAGAAGCUCACGUAGCCUAUUAGAGGAUGAGAUGCCAUGAGCAGGCAAACUAUGGUUCCCCAGCCAACAGCCAGAACUAACUGCCAAACAUUUGAACAAGGCCAUUUUUGUCUCCCAAACCAACCGUCUGACUGAAUGUAGCUGCAUGAGUAAAUCCAGAUGAACCCAGGUCAAAGCCUAUACAAUUGUGAGAAAUAAUUAAUUAUCGUUGAUUUAAACCAUUGAUUUUUGAACUGCUGGUUACAUAGCUGAGGCUAUCUGAAAUGUCAGCAUCUCAUACUGAGAAUAUUUAGGUCUGAAAACUCUGAGAUGUCAUUCUUGGAUUAUAAUAUGGUAACUAACAAGUAAAGGUCAACUAUGAGUAGUUUGAAUUUUUUCUCUUAAAUCCAUUACCUGUCUAUUGUUUCAUUUUGUUGUGCUUCUUCUACUCAAUUACUUAUGUAUCAUGAAAAUAUUAAUACCAGCUUUCUUUCAAUGCUUUUAUUAGCAUGCAGAAUUUUUAGAGGUAACUAACAAAACAAUUUAAUGGUUUCACGUACAUGUAGAUCCCAACCUGGUUUCCUAGGUUAACAUGUAGAUUCAAAUCUAAUCAAAUAAAUGUUUCAGUGGAAAACUCCACAUUACCAUAAAAAAAAAAGUCUAAGAUAAAUACGGAAAUCCAGAGUCGAGGUUCAAGAAGACAGCUCAAAGCUGUUUAUGUUUCCUGAAAAUGAUUCAGCUCCUCUCACUUUUAUUUUUGUGUUGAUCCUAAUGUUAACAUCAAUGAUGAAUUUUAAAAUCAGGCAGAGUCUAAGAUGGCACAUUAUUUCAGAAGUCCCAGGAAAGUAUCUGGGUGUGUAGAGAUUUCUGUAGAUAAUGAAGGCAUGAAUGAGCUAUAUUUUCUGGCUCUUUACAAUGGUUCUAUCUUAGAGCUAUUAAAGAUUAAUAAAAUACACCUGUGAAUAGAUCUUCCUUUGCAUAGUGGUUAAGAAAUCAGCCUUUGGAGUUAGACUCCUGUGUUAAAUUCUAAUUAUAUCACUUAUAGACCGUGUGACUCUGGGCAGGCUCCUUAAUUUCCUUGUGCCACAGUUCCUACCUCUGUAAAAAAGGAAUGAUAAUAACACCUAUCUCAGGUUUGUCAUGAGGAUUAAACAGGAAAAUGUGCAAUCUCUGCACAUAGUAACCACUUAAACGUUACUUAAUACUAUGCCUUUCCAACUGCUACCAUUAUUACUCUUUAUACUCUCCUUAGUUGGUCAUUAAUAUAUACUGUCUUAUUACUUGUUGCUUGUCAUAACUCUAGGACUGUGAACAUUUAGCACAAACCUAAUGACUUUUUGGCUGAUUCAAGCUUUUGAUUCUUACAAUUAAACAGAUGUAGGAUGAAGUCAGGGAUGUAUAGCAUGAAAGAUGGUCUCAGUGGAGUCAACUAGAUCACUACAGGGUGUUUGUUGCUGUCAUAGUUAUUUAUCUUCCCUGGACAUCUGUUCUACGUCUCAUGAGGGAGCAAACAAAUAAAUAAAGAUUUCUGAAAAUUGCUGUUUCCUGGCUCUUUUGGGAUCAGGUGAAGAAUUGUUGUUGUUAGGUGCCGUUUAGUUGACUCCAACUCAUGGCGACCCCAUGUACAGCAAAAUGAAACGUUGCCCCAUCCUGCAUCAUCCUCACAGUAGCCAGCAUGUUUGACCCCAUUAUGUGCCUUUUGGCCCAAUCCAUCUCACCGAGGGUCUCCCAUGCCCUAAUUGCCCUCUACUUCACCAAACAUGAUGCUCUCCUCUAUUGAUUGAUUCCUCCUAAUGACGUGUUGACACAGUGGCUGUAACAAGGGGCUCAAGCAUAAUAACAAUUGUGAGCAUGGCACAGGACCAGACAAUGUUUCGUUCUGUGUUCAUAGGGUCGGUAUGAGCUGGAACUGACUCCACGGCAUCUAACAACAACAACAACAAUGAUGUGUCCAAAGCAAAUGUGUCAGAUAAUGUUCUGUUAUGAUUAAUAAAGUUUUUGCUGGCUAAUUUUCAGUAGAUUAGCAAAACUUUCUGCCUAAUCUGUCUUAGUCUGGAAGCUCCCCUGAUACCUGUUCACCAUGGGUGAACCUGCUGGUAUUUGAAAUACCAGUGGCUUAGCUUCCCGUAUCGUAGUAACAUGCAAGCCAACAUAGUGGGACAAAUUGACAGACGAGUGGUGGAGAUGAACAACAGGACCCUUGAAAUAGAAAUGACCUCUCUUUCUCUUGGCUGUAUUUACCUUUUCAAGGCAUAUUGUGAUCAUGACCCAGUUAUCCUACCAAAGUGCAGGCUUGUUUUUAUUUAUUGACUCAUUGUCUGGGUGUUGACCCCUUACAUACAUGUAUCAAUCUGGGAUCGGAUGGCAGCUCAGUCCUUAACAAGAUUUUCAUACUUUUCUCUGAAUAGCCAUAAUUCAUUUUGGUUGCUAAAUUCAUCCCGGGGUAUAUUCUGGGUAAAAUUCCAGGUCUGCUAGAUGCAAAUAAAGCUGCAUGGGGUGUACUCCAAUUCAGAAGUAAAUGAAGGGUAAAAUGCAAUGCUAGUCUGACUGCAGUCCAGCUAAUUCGAAUCUCUUUGCCCUCCAUCCUUCCUGUGUCAGCAUAGCCAUACCAAAGUGGAUUCUGUGAAGCUGAUUGAAUUACAGCAUUUAGAAGCUUAAUAAGCUGCUAAGUGUAAAUCCUGACCUGGGGAAUUUUGCAUGGCUAAUGAAGGCAGAGUUUGGUGUCCAUGAUUGCAUUGCACAGCUUUACUGAAACAGUCAAUAAAUAUUUACAAAUCCAUUUGAUCUACUCAGUUUUUCUGCUCAUAAUAUAGGUAGGGUGAUAAUGUUUGAAUCACAGCUUAGCUCUUUCAGGGAGGAUGAAAUGAAGGGAGUGAAGCAGUAGACAUAGGGUGAGUAUCUGCUUUGAGACCUGGUUCAAGGACGGCUGAUGUGCAAUCCUCAAAGUAUUCUGUUAGGUGAUUACAGUAUCAGCUCUAUGAACAAGGAGCUUUCUACCAAAAAGUCUUGCAAAUAGUUUGUCUCUGGAAGGAAAUCAAGGGGGAGAGUGGAGAAAAGAGAAUACAAAGGCUUUGUGCUAUGAAUGCUGGAUUUUUCCAUUUGAAAUCUGUAAAUAAAAUAUAGAUUUUCCUGGCACUGAGUUAGAUUUGGCAGAUCCUUCAUUCCAUUGAUCUUGAGGGUAAUAAUAUUUAUCAUAGUGUAAUCCUUUUAGUAGAAGCAAAAAUACUUCUGACUGAAGAGACUUCCAAUUACUCAUGUCCCUUUGUUAUUGUGCCAUUAUCUUUAUGUUUGUUUUGUCUAUUUUGGUGAAGGGAGAACAAACUGAGAAAAAAGUGGAAUUUGAAAUGGUACAGGGUGGGUCCUCUGGAAAAUGAUAAAUGCACACGUAAUUUUUCACUUUAAAUUAGAGGCAAAGUUCAUUUCAAAAGUAAAAACAUAAUUAGUUAUAACGACAGCCUAUUUUGUUUCGAUCAUUUUAAGUUUCAAAAUGUGUUGCUAAAUGCACAGAUUCUUUUCAUCUGUUCUCCUGUGUGGGGCUGUUGCUGAAAGCAAGGACCUCCACUAUGGAACAGAGGAAAUCUUUAUAAAGCAGUAAUCAAGCAUAAUGAGCACAACUGGGAGCACAAACACUUGGUGCAAAUUAUCCUUUUCUAGAAACCGGCCCUCAGGUAUAUUUAAGUAUCUGGACAUGCUCAACCUGUAUCCAAGGUGCUUGGGCAGUCUGAAUACCCUCCCCUAGAUAAUAGCAGGGAUUAGAGUAAGGCAUUAGGAGAGUGAUAGAGUGACAUACACAUAUAUACACAGUUGCUUCAAAAAGCUUUCCCUGGAGCCAGACCAGAUCCAGUCAUCUAGGGUCCUCCCCAAAAGAGGUAAAGGGGUUUGGCCCCAGGGACACAGAGAAAUGCCAGUAAUUUGAUGGGUCCAUAAAAUACCCAAAUAACCUCAGUAUCUUAGAUUACCUUGAGACAGAAUCCCCACAGCCUUGAAUAUUUUAUGGAGUGAGGUUCUACUCUGAUACACAUGGGGUUGCCAUGAGUGGGAAUUGAGUUAAUGGCAACUGAUUUUGGGGUUAUAGAGGCUUGACAAUUUUGACCCAACAGCAGGCAACUCUGAUGGGCCUUUCUAGCCAAUCUCUGUGGGUUGGCUGCUUUACAGUGUGACUUCUUCUGCCCAAUGUGGCUUUCUUCUUCCCAAGAGCACUAUCUGCACACUAAAUUUCAUCUUAGAGUCAGCUUCCUAGAGAGUGCAAUCUGUAACACAUUGCGAAUAUUUAGGGUCCAAUUGAAAUACAGCUAGAAUUUAGUCAAGUAGAAGGAGCAUGCCCAGAUUGGAAAGGUAAAGAAGGGAGAGAUUAAAGUCUCUUGUUCAUAGGUUUUUUUGCUGCACUACUAAUGUCAAGUCCAGUUUUUAGAAUAUCUUAUCCUGGAGAAGUAUUGUGAAAGAAUAUCUCUGAAUAAUAUUUUUUUUCAGCAUAUUCAUUGGAAAGCCUACCACUAAUGGGAAUCCUACUUUAAGGGGAUAGAGUUAAGGCCUCAAUAUAGCCACAGGAAAAAGACACCAGCAGGCAGAAGGGAUCUAGGCAUUCAUAACAGCAAUAAUAAAAGACAGGACCUAUAGCAAUUUUUGCCUAAGGCCCUGUUGUACAACUUCCAUUUACUGUGAAUCCUGAGGUUGAAGAAGUUAUGAAGAAUAGAAGUAUCUAUUUUUUCUAUGUUCGUACAGUCCUUAUUUCACUAUUUAAAGAAUAUUGUUUUAAGGAUAGCCUUUCCUACUAGAGUAUAAGUUUCUUAAAGGCAUCGUCUUUGUUUGGGUUCCCCUGGAAGCAGACUAUGAAACAAAGAUUUGAAUGCAAGUGACUUUUUGGAAGCAAGGACAUACAGGGACUACCGAAAGGCAAAACCCAACCAAACCAAACCCGUUGCCGUAGAGUGGAUUCCAAUUCAUAGCGACCCUAUAGGAGAGCGUAGAACUGCCCCACAGAGUUUCCAAGGAGUGCCUGGUGGAUUCGAACUGCACACCUUUUGGUUAGCAGCCAUAGCACUUAACCACUAUGCCACCAGAGUUUCCGCUGAAAGGUAAGUGGAGAGGAAAGAGAGCAAAGGGGAGGAGACUAAUUCCAUUAUUAAGUUGGUUAUAGAGGCCUGCUUACAUAUCUUAGCAUGGUGCCCCUCGAGGGUCAAGAGAAUUGGGGUAUUUACAUACCUAUGCCUCUUAGUCAUUGGUAGAGGGCCGAGUGGGAGUGGGGGGGUUAGGAAGGUGAAGAGGUUUAGAAAGAUGUUAAUUCCCUGGCACUCUUGUUCUGCUUUGGAAGAAUAGCUUCCUGAAAGAUGUCCUCAGGCACAGAAAUGCAGAUACUGUCAGGUAGAAGUUGGAACACACCAAAUCCAUGAAGCCCAAAAGAUAUGAAUAUGGGGGUACGAUUUGACAGUGUCUUCUCAGACGUGAAUUAUUCAUUCUCAUAUUUUCACAGGGCACUGUGCCUGGCACAUAGUAUGUACUCAGUAUUUGUUGUUGAUUUCCUUAAAGAUGAGACAAAGCUUAACCAUGUGGUCUUUGACUGCCAGGGCAUGAGACUCUCAGCUGGCUAGAGAAGAAGAAUGUGCUGUGGCUCCGGUCAUCUCUUGUUUCUGGAAGACAGACUGGAGAGGGUCAAGCAUGCUUACACUCAAUUCUUAAAGAUUAAUACUCGGUUUCUCUGAUAAGCUCUAAAUUAAAGUUGGAAAUUGCCUAGUGCAAUUCACGAAGGUGCAUACACAAGAAGAGAGGAAAAAAAAUCUGAUUACAAUUUUAUUUGCUGACACUCCUUACCAAUUUCUGUUCAAGUGCUAUUUUGCUAAUUAAUGGCUGCUUAAGAAAUGCCAUGUGUCAGCAAUGAAUCACUUACUUUUGUUGCUCUUCAGUGGUAUAUGGAUAAUGAACAAGGACAAGUCACAUAAUUAAAAUUGAAAAUAGCCUCGCUGUGGGAAAGAGGCCCAUCAAUGGGAACAAGAUAUUAUACUUGCCAGUACUGAUGUGAGGCUGUUAUCAGUUGAACAAGUUAAAGCACAAGAGGAGAAUUUAUUGAUGUAUAUAAGCAAAUAACCAAGGUGCAGGAAGGAUGGAUGGAGCUGUCCUCAGGGACAUUGGAACCAGGUAGCAGAAUACUACUUUCCAUCUCUCUUCUAUGCCUCUCUGUGUGUUGCCUUCAUUCUUUCAUGCUAGCUUUUCCAUGGGGUUGGCGGCUAUGGCUACUGGUGGGUCCAUGCUUACAACUUACAACUAACAUAGAUGUUAGGGAGGAAAAGUCUCUCUUCCUUUCAAGUUUGAAGAACUUCAGAGGACUAACUUGUCAUGAGGGUCAUGUGACCAGGGAAGUGGACUGCAGUCUUUAAGAGUCACAAGAUUUGAGGGAACAUUUCCCAGAAGGGGCAGGUGCCAUUGUGGAUGAACAAGACUAUUGAUGGCACCCCUCCCAUUCAAAGUGAAACUGUUAAGAAGCAGUACAAGGCACUCCCCCCCCCCAAAAAAAAGCAACCAAACCCAUUGCUGCCAAAGUAGAUUCCAACUCACAGUGACCCUAUAGGACAGAGUAGAACUCCCCUAUAGAGUUUCCAAGGAGCACCUGGUGGAUUCGAACUGCUAACCUUUUGGUGAUUGAAUAUGUGAUUGAAAUUCUAGGUGAAUAGUCUGGAUUAAAGCUGCCAUUGUAAUUCACGGAAUGGGGACAAUAUAGCUCAAAUGGUUGGGGUGGUUGAGUCUUGAACUGGAAUUUGAAUAAUGGGUAGAUGGGAGAGAAAAGGCAUGAUAGAUGAAUAAGGCAUGAAUUCAGGAUUGAAUAAGGGGAACUGGUGAGCCUGGCCUAGCUGGAGCAGAGCUCGUCUGUGUUUGGGAGUAGAAGAGAAAAUUGAGGAGAUGAAAGAUCAUAGGGACAGCUAUGUGUGCCAGGCAGGGAAAUCAUAAUAUUUUGAGUCCGAGAAUAAUAUGAAAAAUAAUAAUGAUAAUAAUAGCAAAUGCUUAAAUAACACUUACUCUGGGCUGGGAGCCGUUUUAAGUGCUUUAUAUAAUAUUAACUUAUUUUGUCUUCAUAUUAUCUAUAAGUACAAUUGUUCUCCUCAAAUUACAGAGGAAAAAACUGAGCCAUAGGUCUUACAUGGUUAAGAUCAUGUAGCUGAUAUGUAGCCGUCUAACUCCAAGAUCUGUGCUUUUAACCAUUAUGCUAUACAAUUUAAAGGUAAUACGUAUUACUCUUGAAACUUAGUAACACCUAACAUUACUCUUGAAACUUAGUAACACCUAACAUUACUCUUGAAACUUAGUAACACCUAACAUUUGCAUAGUGAUUUAAAAAAAAACACACUACAAAAUCCUUUUAUCUACAUUGAUUCAUGAGUCUCAUAACAACACCAUGAGUUGAGUAGAACAGGUAUUUAUUUCUAGCACCAUUUUAUUUUUGAGACCAGUGAAAUGCACUUGCCUCAUCCCAUGUAAUUUCUCUAAAUUCAUGUGGCUGGACAGUAUUUGGACUUUCAGCUCCUGUGUCUGGUUAGUGUCUUUGCCUCAUUGUUUAAACGUUAGUGUAUUAAUGAUGGAUGACAGCGUAAUGCAGGCUGAUGGAGGAACCAAGAGUGUGCAGAUGAUUCAGGAGGUUGUCUAGGACAUUCAAAGGAAAAAUGGUAGGAGUCCAAGUUACAGUAGUUCUGUGUAUUUUAUAGACUAGAAGGAGAAAAAAAGUUUUUAAUUUUCAAAAUUAAACUCAAAUGUCUUCUGAUUCUCUGUAAAGGCAAAAAUAAUCAUAUUCAUAUUUUCCUGUGAAAAAAGUCAUUUAAAAUAUUGAAAUCAUCUACUUCAAGAAAUUAAACAUUGCAAACCUAAGAGUUUAUUCAAUCAGUGUGAAGAAUACUAAAAAAUAUUCUUUAGUUUUUCAUUAACUUCAGUAAAUUAAAAGGUAAGUAAAAAGAGGAGAGGAAAAGUGGAAAAAAUAAAAGAAUCAAAAAGAAAUAAACACUGAGAGAACAACAGAGAAGGCAAGAAGCUAGUGAGAGAGGAAGACAGGAUGAGUGAGAUUACAUAUGUGAAAGAAACUAGCACAGAUCCUGGCACUAUCUAUAGAUUUGUUGUUGUUAGAUGCCACAGAGUCAGUUCUGACUCAUAAUGACAACAGAAUGAACCACUGCCAUGUCCCGCACCAUCCUCUCAAUUACCAUUAUUCUUGAGCCCAUUGUUGCAGCCACUGUGUCAAUCCAUCUUAUUGAGGGUCUUCCUCUUUUUUGAUGACCCUCUACUUUACCAAGCAUGAUGUCCUUCUUCACGGACUGGUCUCUCCUAAUAAUAUGUCCAAAGUACAUGAGAUGAAGUCUCGCCAUUCUUGCUUCUAAGUAGUAUUCUGGCCGUACUUCUUCCAAGACAGAUUUGUUCAUUCUUCUGGCAGUCCAUGAUAUACACAAUGUUCUUUGCCAACACUAUAAUUCAAAGGUGUCAAUUCUUCUUCAGUCUGCCUUAUUCAUUGUUCAGUUUUUGCAUGCUUGGGUCAGGUGCACCUUAGUCCUCAAAGUGACAUCUUUGCUUUUUAACACUUCAAAGAGAUCUUUUGCAGCAGAUUUGCCCAAUGCAAUACGUUGUCUACUUUCUUGACUGCUGCUUCCAGGGUAUGGAUUGUGGAUCCACAUAAAAUGAAAUCCUUGACAAUAUUUUCUUCAUUUUAUCAUGAUGUUGCUUAUUGGUCCAGUUGUGAGGAUUUUUGUUUUCUUUAUGUGAGGUGCAAUCCAUACUGAAGAACUGUAGUCUUUGAUCUUCAUCAAUAACUGCUUCAAGUCCUCUUUGCUAUUAUACAAAGGUAUUAAAAAUUUUUUUUUAUAUAUAUAUAUAUAUAUAUAAAGAAGCUUAGUACAUUUUUAGAUGUAUUUUGGGCUCUGAUGUUCAAAAUAUUGCUAUCAGUUACAUAAAUGACUUUUGAAAUGUUGAUUCCUCACAGACAUUUACUUGCUUGAAUUCUUGACCAUUUAUAGAUUCUACUCUUUUUUAAAAAUUUUAUUUCGUUGUUGCUGCUGAGAAUAUACACAGCAAAAACCUACAAUUCAACAGCUUCUACAUGUACAAUUCAGUGACAUUGAUUAUGUUCUUCAAGUUGUGCAACCAUUCUCACCCUCCUUUUCUGAGUUCUUCCUCCUCCGUUAACACAAAUUCACUACCCUCUCAAGUUUCUUAUUUAAUAUUUCAAGUUUAUCUUGUCAAUUUGAUACCAUACAGAUAGAUCUUGAAAGAGCACAAUGCUAAAGGCAGGCAAUCUUUAUGAGUUAUGCUAAACUAUGGUUUGAAGAAGACUUCAGAGGAUAUAUUUGUUGUUGUUGUUGUUAGGUGCCGUCGAGUUGGUUCUAACUCAUAGCAACCCUAUGCACAAUGGAACAAAACACUGCCUGGUCCUGAGCCAUCCUUACAAUUGUUGUUGUGCUUAAGGCCAUUGUUCAGCCACUGUGUCAAUCCACCUCAUUGAGGGUUUUCCUCUUUUCUGCUGACCUUGUACUUUGCCAAGCAUGAUGUCCUUCUCCAGGUACUGAUCCCUCCUGACAACAUGUCCAAAGUAUGUAAGAUGCAGUCUCACCAUCCUUGCUGUAGCAUUCUGGUUGCACUUGUACCAAGACACUAUAGGAUAUAUUUAGGCUAAGGUUUAAAGAUUAUUUUAGGGUAGUAAUUUCAGGGGUUCAUCCAGCCUUCAUGGCUCCAGAAAGUCUGGAAUCCAUGAGAAUUUGAAAUUCUGGUCUGUGUUUUCCCCCUUUUGAUCAGUAUUUCAUCAAAAUGUUCAGUAAUGGUAGUCAGACACCAUCCAGUUCUAGUCUCAUAGCAAAGGAGGCAAUUUUUCAUGUGGGCAAUUAGCCAUAUAUUCCAUAUCCUCCUCCCAUUUCUGACUCUCCUUCUACUCUUAAUGUGAUAAUCAGAAUGAUCUAAUAUAAUAGACAUCUCCACAUUGUUAAAAGCAUUGGUAAUUUAUUUAUUCAAUAAAUAUUCAUUGAACAUCUUCCAUUAGCCAUAUACUACCCUAGUGGUCUCAGCCCACAUACAACUGUCCUGAGACUACUUCUUGUUCAUAGAAAUCUAUCAUCUGGAGUCAAAAAAACUUAUAUACCAAUGGAGUUUAUUUUCUACUCAACUUUGAGGAACAAAAUGCAACAAUAAUCUAAAUAUAUGUCAAAAUCGUAGGACAGGAAAUGAGAGAAGCUCCCAGAGUAUAGCUGUAACCCUGUGGUUUCCUCUGCUGGGUCCUGUUGUUGACUAAAUGUGGGUAAUUAGGCGAACUCUCUCUUUCUGAACCCUUCACAAUCUAGUACGAAUGGGUUGGACUAUCAACUGUUUCAUACCUCAACAAAAGUUCUAUGUUGGUGCAGCCUGGAGCUAAAUCCUAAGGUGUCUCUGGCAGUUGGAGAUGCAAAAUUUUCAACUCUUAAAGCUACUGUGGCUCUUUAGUGUGUUGACUAAACUGCCAGAUAUGAGACAUUGGUGGUUCAGUGGUAGAAAUCUCACUUUCAAUGCCAGAGACCAGGUUCGAUUCCUGGCCAAUGCACCUCAAAGACAGCCACCACCCAUCUGUCAUUGGAGGCUUUGGGUAUCGAGAUUAUGCUCUAUGGAUUAUACCUCAACAUAUAUCCAUUGCUGUCAAGUCGAUUUUGACUCAUAGUGGUCCUAUAGGACAGAGUAGAACUCCACUAUAGAGUUUCCAAAGAGUGGCUGAUGCAUUCGUACUGCCAACCUUUUGGUUGGCAGCUAUGACUCUUAACCACUGUGCCACCAGGGCUCCAAAGGGGUUCUUAAGUGGUUCCACUGGGGCCUCAACAUAAAGAAAACAGAAAUCCUCAAAACUGGGUUAAUAAACAAUAUCAUGAUAAAUGGAGAAAAUACUGAAGUUGUUAAGGAUUUCAUUUCACUUAGAUCCACAAUCAAUGCCCAUAGAAGCAGCAGUCAAGAAAUCAAGUUGGGCAAAUAUGCUGCAAAAGACCUCUUUAAAGUGUUAAAAAGCAAAGAUAUCACUUUGAGGACUAAGGUCUUCUGAUUUAAGCCAUGAUGUUUUCAAUGACCUCAUAUGUUGGCAAAAGGUAGAAAAUGAAUAAGGAAGACCGAAAAACAAUUGAUGCCUUUGAAUUAUGGUGUUGGCAAAGAACAUUGAAUAUACCAUGGACUGCCAGAAGAAUGACCAAGUCUCUCUUGGAAGAAGUACAGCCAGAAUGCUCCUUAGAAGCAAGGAUGAAGAGACUUUGUUUCACAUACGUUGGACAUGUUAUUAGGAGGGACCUGUGCCCAAAGAAGGAUAUCAGGUUUGGUAAAGUAGAAGGUCAGUGAAAAAAAGGAAGACUCUCAAUGAGAUGGAUUGACACAAUGGCUGCAACAACAAUUCAAACAUAGAAACGAUCGUGAGGGUGGCACACGACUGAGCAGCAUUACUUCUGUUGUACAUGGAGUUGCUAUGAGUUGGAACUGUCUUGAUGGCACCAAACAACAACAACGAUGCUGAACAGGCUUCAGUGGAGCUUUAAGACUAAGAUGGACUAGGAAGAAAGGCCUGACUACGUACUUCCAAAAAUCAACGGUGAAAACUCUAUGGGUUACAAGAGUCUGAUCCCAAAACGAUUACAAAAUGGUGCAGGAAUGGUUAGAGUUUUGUUUGCAUGGGGUUGCCAUGAGUCAAAGGCUGACUCAACAGCAGCUAACAAAAACAACGAGCUGCCAGAUACCACAGAGAGUCUCUGCAGGGCUGAGUAUUAUCCAUGGCUCUGAUCAUUUGCUGAGACAUUCAAACUUAUUUAUUAUUACAGGGCUCUGUUCAGAUGUUUUUGAAAUGUAUCAUUUAAUGAAUUGACCUAUGUAAACUUGCUGGAGUUCUUAGCUGUUUCACUUGGUUUAAAGGACUGUGCACCUGCUUUCUUGGAACUGGAUUCACAAAUAGUCAUGAAGUGGCCUUUUGUUCUGCCUGCUUUCCUCUGGCAGUUUCUUCUUGGAAUCUAAGUAGGAAAAAUUGCCUGUAUUUCAAAUGAUGAAAUUAUAGCUUCCUGGUAAAAUGCCAAGGGCAGUCCAGUGAUGGCGCAAUGCUGACGCUCAAUCCAGCUAACUCUCAGAAGUGGUCUUGUCCCACACCACACCUGAAAAAAAAAAAAAAAAACCAGCCGGAUUUAUUUAGGCAAAUGAUAAUCAUUAACAAUGAAAAUGGAUGAUUAUAAAGUGGUAAAACUCCUUUUUAUCCAAACAGAUUUUUAAGAGCAAAGUCGGUUAAGGAGCCAACACAUUGAGUUUUCUUGGUGUGGUAAAUACUGAAACAAUCAGGAUAGCAGCUCUUCACCUUCAUCAAGAAUGGAAGAGAGAAGAAGGAAGAUAUAGAUGGUUUUCAGUUUUUACAAAUGUUGACAGAAUAGUCAUAAUAUAAUAUAAUAGGUCUAUGAUCUUGGAGAACUGAUACAUAUAUUUUUUCAGGCUAACAUCAUCCCAUUUGCAAAAUGAACAGACACUGUUUAUUUUUUGCAAAUAGUCAGCUAAGCUAAUGCCAGCUUCUUUGAUGUUUCAGCUUUAAGAAAGUUGCAUUAAUGGAGGGCAAUUAUGGUAAUAUGAAUUAGGAAUGGAAUUAUGGUAAUUGAAAACUUCUACGGUGACAGGUAUUUGUGAGACCCUGGUGUUCUGGUGCAGUUCAGGACUGCUAUUAAGCCCAUGGUAAUUAGCAUUUUCCCCCUUGAAAUGGUUGAAAGAAUAAGGGAACAUAAAACAUAAUUUGACAGUAUGAGACGGGAACUGGCAACAACAUUAAAACCUACAGUCAACCCGAAGAAACAAACACACUGACAGUCUUGGGCUUUUUAAAAACAGAGAAUCAGAAGAAAAUCACAGCUUUGUUUGGGGCGGCCCAGGAAGCUAAGCAUUUAUGUUGUGGGUCUGCAGCACAGAGCCAUUUAUAACAGCAACUUGGAGUAUAGAAAGUCAUUCUUUCUUUCUGGCUUAAUUUCCAAAUACAGUUGCAGCACAGAAGCUGUAGGUCCCCACAGUCCAAAGCAUCAGAAAGCUACAACAAAGUUAGAUGAAUCACUCUACCAUGUUCAUGCAGUCAUUCAACAAAUGUUUACUGGUUGCCUACUCUGGGGCAGGUGCUAGAGUUAUAAGGCAGAUACAUGAGGCUUCUGCCCUCAUGGAGUUUUUGCAAUCGAGCAUAAGAAUUUAGAUCUCUUUGGAUCCACCUUAAAGGCAGGGACACAUUCUGUUAGAUCCAGGGUUUGUUCUCCGGGCUUCCCUCAUCCUGGAAUGGUUAAAAGUGCUAUUUUAGCUCUAAUUCUUUAGACUUUGUUUCUGUCUUGGUGAUUUCUCCUGAGUUCUUUAAACACAGUAAAAAGGUAGUGUCAAUAAGGUAGGAUAUGUUUGAUUGCAAAUAACAGAAUAUUUGACUAAAAGCGUGCAUAUAUAUGCAUAUACACGCAUAUACCUACAUAUGUGUGUAUAUAUACAUUUUUUUUUUCACUAAGGCUCCCAUUCUUUCCCAUUGUCUCUAUAUUAGUGAUGCCUCCCUAAAACCAAAAAACCGAACCCAUUGCCAUUGAGUCUAUUUCGACUCAUAGUGACCCUAUAGGGCAGAGUAGAACUGCUCCAUAGAGUUUCCAAGGAGUGCCUGGUAGAUUUGAACUGCCAACCUUUUGGUGAGUGGCCGUGGCACUAAUGCCUCUCUAAUGGUACUUAAUAGUACCAAAAUGGCUGCCAAAAUUUUACACACCAUGAUGGCUAAUUUUUAUGUGUAAACUUGCUUGGCUACAGUGUCUAAUUGGUUGGUCAAACACUAGUCUAGAUGCUGUUUUGAAGUUAUUUACACAUAACUAACAUUUAUAUAAGGAGCCCUUGCCGUACAACACUUAAUUGCUCAGCUGCUAACUGAAAGCUUGGUGGUUCAAACCCACCGCCACCAGCUCUGCAGGAUAAAGACCUGAUGAUCUACUCUGGUAAAGGUUAGAGCCUAGAAAAUCCUGUGUGGGCUGUUCUACUCUAUCACAUGGGGCUUCUAUGAGUGAAAUGGACUCAUCAGCACCUAAUAACAACAACAACAUUUAUAUCAAUUAACCUUAAGUAAAGCAGAUUACCCUCUGUCAGGGGACAGGCCCAGCAAGAAAAAGACCCUCACUGUGUGUCCUGGCAGAUAAUCCAAAGAACUGACACAUAGCCCUUUCCAGAUUCAUACAUUCAGGGAAACUUACUGACACUGGCAAGCAGCUGCUUUCUCCAGUGGCGGCCGGCUGGAGUAUUUUCCACAACCACCUAGCAAGGGACCCAGCUUAUAUACCAUUCCAGUUGGGACCAAGGCUCAUUGUUUCCUCCCACGUCCUCGGGUAGUCAGCGUUCCCAGGGAUUUCAUAUCCAGGCCCAGAUGUUUUCCUUCUUGUUGCUAAGGCAUUCUUUGGCCUUGGCCGCUGGCCCAGUCAUGCCACUCCCGGCCUUGUACCUUAGCCUGAGUCCAUCCCAAAUUCAUCCCUAGCAUGCUUCGGGGAAGAGCAAAGCUGACUCCAUUAGGGAGGGGAUGCGUAUAGCUGAAUAGCAUUACCCUACACCCCCCAUAAUGUAAGUGGGCCUGACCUAAUCAGUUGAAGAUCGUAAGAGCAAAAACUGAGGCUUUCCCAAGGGGAGAAGGAUUCUGCCUCAAGACUUUAACAUAGACAUCCUGCAGGAAGUUUCUCACUGCCUGACCUAUGGAUUUUGGACGCAAGACUGCUAGAGCUUCCAGCCUGUUGCCUGACCUAUGGAUUUUGUACUUGCCAGCCCCAACAAUUACAUAAGCCAAUUCCUUAAAAUCUCUCUUUGUCUCUCUCUCUCUCUAUAUAUAAUUGAUUUGGACUGUACCAGAGGUACAGAAGCAAGGAUGGCAAGACUACGUCUCACAUCCUUUAGAUGUGUUAUUAGGAGGGCUCAGUUCCUGGGGAAGGACAUCAUGCUCAGUAAAAUACAAGGUUAGCAAAAGAGAGGAAGACCCUCAAAGAGAUGGAUUUACACAAUGGCUGCAACAAUGAGCCCAAGUAUAGCAACAAUUGUGAGGAUGGUGCAGGACUGGGCAGUAUUUCAUUGUGUUGUGCUGUAGGGUCAUUAUGAGUCAGAACCAACUUGACGGCCCCUGACAACAACAGAGCAUAAUCGAUUCCAUUUCUCUGGAGAACCUCAAUACCCAGAACAAUGUCCCAAGUAAGAGGAAAAGGGCAAGAUCAAAACUGCCUUUUCUUUCCAGGGAAGAAGUUCUUCCUAGGGAAGAAUUUUUUUUUUUUUUUUUUCCCACAGAAACCACUAGGAGACAUCUCCUUAUGUCUCUUUGGCCAAAACUGAGUCAGAAGACUAUUUUUUUGGAACUUACUAGUUGGCAAAUGAGAACAAUAUUGGCUUGAUUGCUUUAGACAAAUGGCUACUCAUUGCCUGCAGCUGGGCACAUUCCCACUCCAUCAAAAUCAGGCUUCACUUAGCAACAAAGAAGGGAAAUGGCUUUGGUUGCACAGGUGUGGAGUAUUGUCAGAGACAUGGAAAGGCCUCCAGGUACUUUCCCUCUACUUGCCUUUACCAUUUAUAAUUUUUCCUUCUGGGUCUGAUAAUCUUUUAAAUAUCUUCCUAUAAAAAUGCAAAAGCUUUUGGGAAAGGCACUACAUUAAGUCCCCAAUACCUCAGUCUGUCAGAUAAACUUUAGUAAGAGAGAGUGGGACACCAUGAAAUCACUGGGAGUCUGCAAAUUUAAGGUGAGGUUAGUACUGAAAAAGUGGAAAACCAUGUAGAAAUGUAAGAUUGGGAGUGCUGAGGACACAUUUUCACUAUAUAAUAAUUUUACCAACCUUCUAUGGAGAAUGUCCAAAAUGAGCCAUAUUUAUAGAAUAUCUAUUACCUGCAGAGCACUUUAUCUUGUGGGCAUUUAAUUCCUAUGACACAGGAUGAGGAAAGAUCUCCCUUUACAAGUGAGAAAGAUAAGGAACAAAGAGGUGAAAUAACAGGUAUAAAGUCAUGCAGGAAUUUGAACCCACUCAGGUUUGACCCAAGAAGAGAUUUGAUGGGUUGAACACUAAUGACUGAAGACCAGAUGAGCUGUGGAAUGACAUCAAGGACAUCAUACAUGAAGAAAGCAAGAGGUCAUUAAAAAGACAGGAAAGAAAGAAAUGACUGAAAUGGCUGUCAGAAGAGACUCUGAAACUUGAAUUGAAUGUUGAGUAGCUAAAGAAAAAGGAAGAAAUGAUGAAGUAAAAGAACUGAACAGAAGAUUUCAAAGGGCGGCUUGAGAAGACAAAGUGAAGUAUUAUAAUGACGUACAAAGAGCUGGAGACAGAAAACCAAAAGGGGAGGACACACUUAGCAUUUCUCAAGCUGAAGAACUAAGAAAAAAUUCAAGGUUCAAGUUGCAAUAGUGAAGGAUUCUAUGGGGAAAAUGUUAAACGAUGCAGGAAGCAUCAAAAAAAGAUGGAAGGAAUACACAGAGUCGUUAUACUAAAAAGAAUUGGUCAAUGCUCAGCCAUUUCAAGAGGUAGCAUAUGAUCAAGAACCAAUGGUACCGAAGGAAGAAGUCCAAGCUGCACUGAAGGCAUUGGCAAAAAACAAGGCUCCAGGAAUUGAUGGAAUACCAAUUGAGAUGUUUCAACAAAGGGAUGCAGUGCUGGAAGUGCUUACUCGUCUAUGCCAAGAAAUUAGGAAGACUGCUACCUGGCCAACUGACUGGAAGAGAUCCAUAUUUAUGUCUAUUCCCAAGAAAGGUGAUCCAACCAAAUGCAGAAAUUAUCAAACAAUAUCAUUAAUAUCACACGCAAGUAAAAUUUUGCUGAAGAUCAUUCAGCAGUUGUUGCAGCAGUAUAUUGACAGGGAAUUGCCAGAAAUUCAGCCCAGAUUCAGAAGAGGGGGUGGGUCCAGGGAUAUCAUUGCUGAUGUCAGAUGGAUCCUGGCAAAAGCAGAGAACACCAGAAAGAUGUUUACCUGUGUGGAUUAUUACACAUUACAGGUAACAUUGCAGAGAAUGGGAAUUUCAGAACAUUUAAUUGUGCUCAUGAGGAACCUGUACAUAGAUCAAGAGGCAGUUGUUCAGACAGAACAAGGGAAUACUGAGUGGUUUAAAGUCAGGAAAGGUGUGAGUCGGAGAUGCAUCCUUUCACCAUACCUAUUCAAUCUGUAUGGUGAGCAAAUAAUCUGAGAAGCUGGACUAUAUGAAGAAGAACAGGGCAUGAGGAUUGGUAGAAGACUUGUUAACAGCCUGCGUUAUGCAAAUGACAAAAUCUUGCUUGCUGAAAGUGAAGAUGACUCGAAGCACUUACUGAUGAAGGUCAAAGACCACAGACUUCAGUACGGAUUGCACCAUAACAUAAAGAAAAACAUUCCUCACAACUGGACCAAUAAGCAACAUCAUGAUAAAUGAAGAAAAUAUUGUCAAGGAUUUCAUUUUACUUGGAUCCACAAUCAAUGCCCUAGAAGCGGCAGUCAAGAAAUCAAAAGGUGCAUUGCACUGGGCAAAUCUGCUGCAAAAGACCUCUUUAAAGUGUUGACAGGCAAAGAUGUCACCUUGAAGAGUAAGGUAUUCCUGACCCAAGCCAUGGUGUUUUCAAUCGCUUCAUAUGCAUGUGAAAGCUGGACAACAAAUAAGGAAGGCUGAAGAAGAAUUGAUGGCUUUGAAUUGUGGUGUUGGUGAAGAAUAUUGAAUAUACCAUGGACUGCCAAAAAAGCAAACAAUCUGUCUUGGAAGAAGUACCACCAGAAUGUGCCUUAGAAGCAAGGAUGGCGAGACUAUGUCUUACACACUUUGGACAUGUUGUCAGGAGAGAUCAGCCCCUGGAGAAGGACAACAUGCUUGGUAAAGUACAGGGUCAACAAAAACGAGGAAGACCCUCAAGGAGAUGGAUUGACAGAAUGGCUGUAGCAAUGGGCUCAAGCAUUAACAGUGAUUGUAGGCAUGGAGCAGAACUGGGCAGUGUUUCAUUCUGCUUGUACAUAGGGUCACUAGGAGUUGGGACUGACUCAAAGGCAUCUAACAACAACAGGUCUGACUCUGAAGUCCAUGGUUUUAUCAUUGCAUCACAUUUCAUCUCAAAUCCCAGCAUAAACAUAAGGUAAUUUGGGAAAGUAUCUGUGGAUACGGUUUGCUAUGUUUUUCUGACUGUUGUGAAUUUUUCUCGUUAUUCAAAGCUAAUUUCUGUGUAACAUAGAGUCCAGCAAGAUUACAAGCAAACUGAGGGAAAAAUUUAAAACUUUGCUAUUAUUAUUAGGUGCCAUUGAGUCAUUUCUGACUCAUAGCGACGGUAUGUACAACAAAAAGAAACGCUACCCAGUCCUGUGCCAUCCUUCCAGUCGUUGCAAUGUCGGAUCCCAUCAUUGCAGCUACUGUGUCAAUCCAUCUCCUUGAGGGUCUUCCUCUCUUUUGCUGACCCUCUACUUUACCAAGCAUGACAUCCUUCUUCAGGGACCGAUCCCACCUGAUGACAUGUCCAAUAUACUUGAGACAAACUUUAGCCAUCAAAUCUGAGGUUAGCAUUUAGUACUUUUGAAAAUGUACAGGUAAUUAAUGUUCUGACUGUAGGUGACCCCUAUCGCCAUGGUCCUGCAAUAAUUUAUUUCAGAUGACACAUUGGUAGGAGAUUUUACAUUGAGUAGAGUUGUUUCAAUAUGGAAAGAGGGGAGAAAUAGGGAUAUAUAUCUCCAAAGGGAAGUACUGUUUUGUAAAUGAGCCUAAAUGGCCAGUAAAGACUUGUGUUAUUGUUUUGGGAGAAAAUGAUGGAAAAUAGGGUGACAUCCUAAUUUGCUCAAAUGAGAACUAUGUCCUAUUAAGUUGGCAAGUGCAAGCUUUUCUCUUUUCCUAUCACUCCCAAGCAAUCUGUGUUUGUGAAAUGCAUCAUCUAGACUUCAAUUCAGCAGAGGGUAGGUAAUUGACCAACUCAACUUGUCUGCAGUCAGUGCUUGUCAUUACCAGCUAUUCCACAUCCUCUGUGAGGAAUCUGAGGGACAAUUCAGUUAUUGGAGUCUCUCUGCUAGAGAACAAAUGUUUUCUUGCUGUUGAACAUUAACUCAUGUUAGAGAUGUAAUUGAAACAAUGAUGUAGUCCAUCUCAGAUUGCAGGGAGGCUGGGCCUGUUGAUGACCUGAUUUCCGCAGCUUGAUGACUUAUGCCAGAGGCAUGAGUGUGUGUGUCUUCGACAGCUCCUGGCAAUAAAAGAACUCUAAGCAGAAGGAAAACCUGUGUGUUAACCAUUUCUGUUUAGAUUCUCAUACUAUUAAUGAACAAACAUACAAAUAGUUAAAGCUUUUCUCAGUAAUUCAGAAAGACUAUUUUCUUUAGUCCUUACAGUAGAAAGGGGAAUGAAGCAGCUCUCCAUACUAGGAAGAAAAUCACAUUUGGGAGUGUGAAAGAACAACGUGACAAUUAUCCCUAUAGUUUUAAGGUCUGAGGAAGAGAAAUGACAACAUUUUAUUAUAAAGAACUUUUAAUUGACGUAAUUAGAAGUAAGAGUGCUAGUACAGGCUGCAAGAUUGUCAGAAGGGAAAUAGAUUUCUGGUCAAGUUUGCUGAGCUUGGAGGCUUCUGGUGAACUUUCAUGAUAAUAAUUAACAUAAUACUUCUGAGGCAUUUUCAGCCCUACCAGAAAUUAUUUUUCUCUGCCUCAUUCCUCUUACAGAUGAAAUAAUAAUGUCCUAGCACUUAGUUGGCAUCUUUCAUUCUGAUGGGUCCCUUGGUUCUUAAACAAUUUUUCUAUUUCCACAUGUGUGAAUAAGUAUUUACAUAGAGUCAUUUUAGCAAUUGGCAAAAAUCUCAGCAAUCCCACUGGGUAGCGCAUUGCAGCUGUUCAGUAUUAUCCAGAAAAGCUACAGUGUUUGGGGGGUGGGGUGGGUAUAAAGUUUAAAAAAAAAAAAAGUUAAAACCCAAUGUUAAUAUUCUAGGAAGAAUCUGGAAGGUAGACACAAAAGGAAUUGGAUUUGGUUAACAUAUACACACUCCUGCUUCUAACGUAUGAGCCGUGAAGUAUCUGGGAGCCAGGAGGGGAUUAAGAGCUUGGUUUUAAAGUACCUUUGAAAUAUGGCGCUGUCAGCAGCGGGGUUUUCUGAUGCUGUACUGGAGCAUUCAUUCAGCACUGAUGCCAACCAGUGUCUGCCACUUCACUGAAUGAGCAAUAUACUUCCUGUAGCAUGCUGUAUUUUCUUCAGAGGUCUCAUUCAAGGACUGGUCAUGUCUGCUAUUUAGGUUUUAGGAGCUGCUAAGUGACUGUGAUUAGCCAUUCAAGUUUCAUUGAAAAAGAAAUAAAAUAAUUUAAUUGCUUUAAAAAGAUGCGUACACUUACAACAUUGGUGUAACUGGAAUUUGAAAAGUGAUGGCUGCAUUUCCCCAGCAAAUAGUGUAGUGCCUAUAUAAAUAUUAAUAUUUUAAAGUGCCUAGCACAUAGUAAAAACCAAAAAAACCAAACCCAGUGCUGUUGAGUUGAUUCCGACUCAUAGCGACCCGAUAGGAUAGAGUAGAACUGCCCCAUACAAUUUCCAAGGAGCACCUGGUGGAUUCGAACUGCCAACCCUUUGGUUAGCAGCCAUAGCACUUAACCACUACACCACCAGGGUUUCCUAGUAGGCACCAUUAAUUAAAAGAACGAAUGAAAGCUUUGGGUUCCUGAAGUAACAGCUCUUACAUUGUAUAGUGGUAAGUAUUUUUUAAUGUACUUUCACAGGAAUUGACUCUUUUGAUUUCAUUGAUAUUAUACUAGGCUUAAUUUGAUAUUGUGGCUGUCAGAUGAAUUCAACAUUAAGAAAUUCAUCAUAAGGAGAUCCCUUUCUUUUCUUUUUGGCAAGCUGUUACUAACACUCCUAGACUGAUUAAACUUCCAAGGCCUGUUCUCAACUUUCAUGCCCGCACCCCCAACUAUAAGAAAGUGCCUAGCUCAAAAACAUGCAAAGCUAUGUUUUAAAUCAUAUGAUUCUUUCCUAUUUUGUUGGUGUUCUAGUCAGCUUCCUGAGCCACCCUGGACACCAGGAGUAGGCAUGUGAUCCAAGGGUAGUCAUUGCAUAGGCUGGCCAGUAACGUAUGACCUAUAUCUUUGUUUACAAAGAGGAGUUGAAUCAUGUAUCCUUUCUCUUAAGAAAUUGCAAUUAAGAUCACAGAAAAAAAAAUUUCAGGUAGCAGGGAAGCUGAAAAUGAAAGGGAAGCAGGAAUCAACUAGUGGCUGUGGCAAGCUGAAAUCCACAAAACCAAACCUGUUGCCAUUGAGUCAAUUCUCAUCCAUGGUGACCCUAGAAGACAGAAUAGAACUGCCUCAUACGGUUUCCAAGGAGCAGCUGGUGGAUUUGAACUACUGACCUUUUAGUUAGCAGCCAUAUCACUUAACCACUGUGCCACCAGGGCUCCAAAGACAUAUGAAAGUGACAACACAGCAGAAAAGAUAAAGAGUUGAGUGAGAAAACUGCUUGGUUGUGAAGAGAAGGAAGCACAUAUAUAGGAAUCUUAGAUGCUGUGUAUGACUGAAUGAGACUGAGGUCCCUGAGAAAGAGAUAGAGAAUUAUUGUGACAACUUCCUGUCCAAUCUGUGUGCAUUUUGUAAUAACCCUUUUAUUUCAUGAGGUGAUUGAAGUGUGUCCUUGUUCCAUCCAACCAAAAGGGUCAAAAGAUAUGUGAUACACAUCGGCUGGUGAACAUAAAGUAGGAAAGCUUGGGCUUCUUUUCCUGGAUGUGAUAUUACAGCAAUUGAUUUGAUAUCUUUGGGAGGAAUAAACAAGCAAUUGCCUUGAAAUGGCAUCAACUUUCUACAUGACCUGGGUCUUCUUUUUUUAUCCACCAGAGUACUUAGGUGCUGCUCAGCAUAAAGUGCUCAGGAGGUUCCUUGCCUUCUAGAAGCUUAUAUUCCAUUUCAAAUAGUUUUUUUGUUAAGGUUUUACCUUAGAAUUCUUUGACCAGGAUGGUCACUGUCCCUUCCAGUAUCUGUGUGGUUGGUUUACCAAACCAGGCCUAGCUGCAGAUGUUGUGUUUGAGGAAAUUUGGGGCCAAGAGUGAUACUCUCUUACUUCUGAGAAACUUAGUUUUUUGUGCCAUGGGUUCCUGAAUCUAUCAUUUUGAAAGAUAAAGAAAUAAAGGAAAAAAGAAGAGUGUGUUGGGCACUAACUCAGCCAGCUGGUCUUAACUUUCCUCUCCAAUAUGGCUUUUCUGUCUUUUUAAAAUUUCUGGGGUCAGAACCAAAGAAAGUUUUCAGGGAUUACAGGCUACUUAAUUUCAUGCAGACGUAUCUGCAAAAUAGGGGAAAUAGUUCUUGUCCAGCUCUCAGAGCCAUCGUCGCCUGUUUGUCAGUUUGUUGUACUAUGGUGGCUUGUGUGUUGCUAUGAUGCUGGGAGCUAUGCCUCCAGUAUUUCAAAUACUAGCAGGGUCACCCAUGGUGGACAGGUUUCGGUGGAACUUCCAAACUAAGUCAGACUAGGAAGAAAGGCCUGGUGAUCUAUUUCUAAAAAUUAGCCAAUGAAAACCUUAUGGAUCACAAAAGAACAUUGUUCCACCUGCUUGCUUUGGACACAUCAUCAGGAGGGAUCAAUUGCUAGAGGAGGACAUCGUGUUUGAUGAAGUAGAAACCCAAAGAGGGUGUGGGAGACCCUUGGUGAGAUGUAUUGGCAUGAUAGCCACAAUGAUGAACAUGGUGGUGAUCAUGAGGAUAAAGCAGGUCUGGACAACAUUUUGUUCUGUUGGACAUAAGGUCUCCAUGAAUCAGAGUCAAUGUGAUGGCAGCUAGCAACCUCAUAGAAGUGUUGUGAGACUUAAAUGUUAGAUCAUGUUCACUAAAACUUACUGAGCUCUCAGAUCUGGACAUACUAGAUUAUUCUACACGACAGAAAUAUUUCUCCUGUCCUGUUUGUGCACCUUAUAUUGGUGUUCCUGAAGGCUCCAUCAUUGUUCUUCCCUUGGGCUCAAGCUCUUUCUGGGUGAGCUCAUUGUCUAUGUCCACAGAAUAUGAUGUCAUCUAUGCUGAAUAAUUUAUGCUGAAUUACACCAAAAUCUUUACGCCGAUGAGUUUUUUUUUUACAGCUUCAGACUCCAAUAUUGAACUCUGAAAAAUAUCUUUAUCAAGAUAUUUCACAGACACCUGAAGAGUAUUCCAAAAUAUCUUCAGUGACUUGGAGAUAAGAAGGUAGAGGGUUUAUAGAUCAAAUUUGGGAACCCACAACUAGUGCAGAUUGGGGAAAGAAUAUAGAAUAUGAGAUACAAGUGAAGAAAAAAGGGGCUAAGAAAUUUAUUUCUGUGGUGGCUUGUACUGUGUCAACCUAGCUAUGGUGGAACUAUGUUUUCUAGAAUUCAUUUCCCUGGUAUAGUCCCAUCAUGGGUAGGGUUAACCACAAGAGAAAUUUGCCUGAGACUUGGAAGGUGGAAGUGAAGGAGUAGCUAGAUCUCAAUGUAGGGCCAGAUGCUGUUCAAUGAUCUGCCAGCUGAUUGAGUUGAUCUGCUCGUUCACUUGUUUGGCAUGAGGCAGCAGCCAGACCAGCUUUCCUUCCUUUCCACAAACUCUCUCUCCUCCUCCCUAUCCUCCUUUAGUGUCUAUGAAUCCUGUCUUGGGUAGUAAAGUAUGGGUCUUAUUCUGCUUGUUGCUCACACCAUCAGUGUUGGAACUGGUGAGAGAAAUACAGACUCCAGUUUGUCUUUGUCGGUUCUAUUUUGUCCUCAUUGGUUCCAGCUUAUUUUUGCUCUUGUCUGAUUCAUGCCCAUAGUUUCUUCUGUACUGCUUACUUCAGGCCUGUAUUACUUUCCUAGGACUGCCGUAAAAAAUUGCCAUAAACUGGGUGACUUGAAACAACAGAAAGUUAUUCUUUCACAAUUCUACAUGUUAGAAGUCUGAAAUCAAGAUGUUGACGGGGGCAAAGCCAUGUUCUCUCUGAAGAAUCUAGGGGUGGCUCUUUCCUGCCUGUUCCUAGCAUCUGGUGGUCACCAGCAAUUCUUGGCAUCCCUUGGCUUGUAGACAAUAUCUCCAAUCUCUUCUUCUGUGAUUACAUGGAGUUCUCCUUGUGUGUGUCUGUUUUCUUAUAAGGCCACAUUCAUUGGAUUAGUGCCUGCCCUAAUCCAGUAUGACAUCAUUUUAACUAAAUAUAUCUGCAAAGACCCUAUUUCCAAAGAAGGCCUGUGGUUCUGUGACAUGAAUUAUUGGGUAUGCUAUUCAAUCCAGUACAAGGCCCAGCACCAGAGGCAGAAGCAACAGUUCACACAAUUUCGAAGGGUCUAGUGUCUGUGAUCAGUUCUUUAUUCUAUAUCACUUAUCGUGGUUUUGCUCCUCUGAUUGAACCCUAGCUGAUAUAGCCUCUUAUAAAAUCAGCACUUGUCUAUUGGUUUAAUUGACUCAUUGAUUAGUUAUGACAUUAAAAAUUCUCUCCACACAAGAAUUUCAGAUAAGGAACAGAACAGGUUGUUGGGCCAGUCUCUUCUGUAAUAGAACAUCAUGUUUAAGAAAAUGAUUUUUGAGAGAAAGAAUUGCCAGGCAGGUUUUUUGUUUUUGUUUUAUAACGAUAAAAUUCGUAAUUUAAUUGCUUAAGUAAAGGUGAAUUUUCACUGUUAGCCAAACUCAAAACACUUAGAGCAUCAUUUUGUGACAUUUGAAAGGAAAUCAUUUCUUUGGAUAUUUGAAAGCUCUUUAUUAUAUACACUUUGCACCAGAGGUCACAGUAUGUGUAUCUUCCAUAUGCAGGUACACCACUUAUCUGUCAAUUUGCUGUACUGUGGUUGCUCGCACGUCGGUAUUUAAAAAACCAGCAGGGUCACCCAUGGUGGACAGGUUUCAGCAGAGCUUUCAGACUAAGACAGAGCAGGAAGAAGGACCUGGUGAUCUACUUCUGAAAAAAUUGGCCAAUAAAAACCUUAUGAAUGGCAGCAGAACAUUGUCUGCUAUAGUGUCAGAAGAUGAGCCACCUCAGGUUGGAAGGCACUCAAACAUGACUGGGGAAGAGCUGUUCCUUUAGAGUCAACCUUAAUGAUUUGGACGGAGUAAAGCUUUCAAGACCUUCAUUUGCUACGGUGGCACAACUCAAAAUGUGAAGAAACAACUGCAAACAUCCAUUAAUAAUUGGAACAUGGAAUGUACAAAGUAUGAAACUAGGAAAAUUGGAAGCGGUCAAAAAUGAAAUGGAACACAUAAAGAUCGAAAUACUAGGCAUUAGUGAGCUGAAGUGGACUGGUAUUGGCCAUUUUGAAUCAGAGAAUCAUAUGGUCUACUAUGCCAGAAAUGACGAGUUGAAGAAUAACAUCACGUUAAUCAUCAAAAAAGAAUAUUUCAAGAUCUAUCCUGAAGUACAAUGCUGUCAGUGAUAGGAUAAUAUCCACACUUCUAUAAGAAAGACCAGUUCAUACAACUAUUAUUCAAAUUUACACACCAACCACUAAAGCCAAAGAGGAAGAAAUUGAAGAUUUUUACCAGUUUCUGUAGUCUGAAAGUGAUCAAACAUGCAAUCAAGACACAUUGAUAAUUACGGAUGAUUGAAUGCAAAAGUUAGAAACAAAGAAGUAUUGGUAGUUGGAAAAUAUGGCAGUGGUGAUAGAAAUGAUGCUGGAGAUUGCAUGAUAGAAUUUUGCAAAAAGAACGAUUUCUUCAUUGCAAAUACCGUUUUUCAACAACAUAGUGACUAUACACGUGGAUCUUACCAGAUGGAGUAUAUAGGAAUCAAAUCAACUACAGCUGUGGAAAGAGAUGAUGGGGAAGCUCAAUAUCAUCAGUCAGAACAAAGUCAGGGGCUGACUACAAAAACAGACCAUCAAUUGCUCAUAUGCAAUUUCAAGUCGAAGCUGAGAAAAUUACAGCAAGUCUAUGAAAGCCAAAAUAUGACCUUAAAUAUAUCCCACCUGAAUUUAGAGACCAUCUCGAGAAUAGAUUUGAUGCAUAGAACACCAAUAACCAAAGGCCAGAUGAGUUGUUAAAUGACAUCAAGGACAUCAUACAUGAAGAAAGCAAACGGUCAUUAAAAAGACAGGACAGAGAGGAAAUACCAAAAUGGAUGUCAGAAGAGAAUCUGAAACUUACUCUUCAACUUCGAGUAGCUAAAGUGAAAGAAAUGAUGAAGUAAAAAAGCUGAACAGAUUUCAAAAGGUGGCUCAAGAAGACAAAGUACAGUAUUAUAAUGAAAUGUGUAAAGACCUGGAGAUAGAAAACCAAAAGGGAAGGACACACUUGGCAUUUCUCAAGCUGAAAGAACUGAAGGAAAAAUUCAAGCCUUGAGUUGCAAUAUUGAAGGAUUUCAUGGGGAAAAUAUUGAGUGAUGCAGGGAGGAUCAAAAGAAGAUGGAAGGAACACAAAGAGCCACUGUACCAAAAGAAUUGGUUGAUAUUCAACCAUUUCAGGAGGUAGCAUAUGAUCAAGAACUGAUGAUGAUGAAGGAAGAAGUUCAAGCUGCACUGAAGGGAUUGAAAAAAAUAAGGAUCCAGAAAUCAGUGGAAUACCACUUAAGAUAUUUCAACAAACAGAUGCAGCACUGGAGGUCUAUGCCAAGAAAUUUGGAAAGACAGCUGCCUAACCAAACAACUGGGAGAGAUCCAUAUUUGUACCCAUUCCAAAGAAAGGUGAUCCAGAAGAAUGCAUAAAUCAUUGAACAAUAUCAUUAAUAUCACACAUAAGUAAAAUUUUGCUGAAGGCCAUUCAAAAAUGGUUGCAGCAGUACAUUGACAAGGAACUGCCAGAAAUUCAAGCCAGAUUCAGAAGAGGAUGUGGAAUGAGGGCUAUCAUUGCUGAUGUCAGAUGGAUCUUAGCUGGAAGCAGAGAAUACCAGAAGAUGUUUACCUGUGUUUUAUUGACUAUGCAAAGGCAUUGGACUAUGUGCAUCAUAACAAAUUAUGAGUGACAUUGCAAAGAAUGGGAAUUCCAGAACACUUAAUUGUGCUCAUGCAGAACCUGUACAUAGACCAAGAGGCAGUCAUUUGAACAGAACAAGGGGAUACUGUUUGGUUUAAAGUCAGGGAAGGUGUGCCUCAGGGUUGUAUCAUUUCACCGUACUUAUUCAAUCUGUGUGCUGAGUAAAUAAUCCAAGAAGCUGGACUAUAUGAGGAAGAAGGUGGUAUUGGUACUGAAGGAAGACUCAUUAACAACCUGCGUUAUGCAGAUGACACAGCCUUGCUUGCUGAAAGUGAAGAGGACUUGAAGCACUUAUUGAUGAAGGUCAAAGACUACAGCCUUCAGUAUGGAUUACGUCUCAACAUAAAGAAAACAGAAAUCCUCACAACCGGACCAAUGAGCAACAUCAUGAUGAACAGAGAAAAGAUGGAAGUUGUCAAGGAUUUCAUUAUAUUUCAAUCCACAAUCAACGCCCAUGGAAGCAACAGUCAAUAAAUCAAAUAAUAUAAUGUGUUGGGCAAAUCUACUGCAAAAGACCCCUCUCUGUAAAGUGUAAAGUGUUAAGGAGCAAAGAUGUCACUUUGAGGACUAAGGUGUGCCUGACCCAAAGCAUGGUGUUUUCAAUGACCUCAUAUGGAUGGAAAAGCUGGACAAUGAAUAAGGAUGACCAAAGAAGAAUUGAUGCCUUUGAAUUAUGUUGUUGGUGAAGAAUAUUGAAUAUACCAUGGGCUGUCAGAAGAAUGAAGCACAGCCAGAAUGCUCCUUAGAAGCAAGGAUGGCAAAACUACGUUUUACAUACUUGGGACAUGUUAUCAGGAGGGACAAGUGUCUGGAGAAAGACAUCAUGCUUGGUAAGGUAAAGGGUCAGAAAAAAAGAGGAAGGCCCUCAAUGAGAUGGAUUGAUACAGUGUCUGCAACAAUAGGCUCAAACAUAGCAAGGAUUGUGAGGAUGGCACAGGACUGAACAGCGUCUUCUUCUGUUGUACACAGGGUCGCUAUGAGUCAGAACCGACAUGAUGGCAUCUAAUAACAACACAUGCAACUGGAAAUUUUAGCCUUCAAACAUGUGUUGUUCCUUAUUCACAAGGGAUUUCAAAUCUAUUGUUUAAAGUACAUUUAAAUAUAUAAUGCACAUCCUUUAAAAAUACAACUGCCAAAAUUUUUUACCUUAAAGAAUAAAAAAGAAUACUGUGACUAAAAUAAAAGUGAAAGCUAGAAAAAAAGACAACACUGUUCUGAAUUAUUAUGAAAAAAAAAAAGAAAAUAUUAAAACACAAUACUGGGUUGCCACCCUUUGCUGGUAGAUAAUCUGACAUUUAUGUAUCUGGACUUUCUUUUAAAAGUAAAUUUAUAGCAUACAGAUCAUUUUUACUUCUAAACUGAAGAUGUUACAAAUCUAAUGGAAACAGGUGAUGACUGGGCUUGUGUAUGCCAGAAGGGACUUGCAAUAGGAAGCCAUUGUAGAGUAAUGAAAGCACUAUUUUAGGAAGAUUAAUCCUAUGGAAGUAUGAAAAGAUGGGUCAGAAAUGAUGCUUGAGUAAAAAAGUAAAUAAAUAUAUUAAUUUUUUUCCCUACUAUAAAACUAAUGUGUUCUAAUUAGAGGAAAUUUGAAAAACGCUGAUAAGAAGAAGAAAAUAAAGCAUUCAUGAGGCUAUCAUUCUAGGAUUCCAAACCAUGGUAGCAUUUUCUACUAGUCCUUUUUCCUGUUUAUGGUUACAUAAUUCUAAGCACGAUGUAUGUAUGAUUUUUAUCCCAGUGUUUUUCCAUUUAACAUUGUUGAAGAAAUUUGGAAAUCGAUCAGUGAUUCAUAUUAAAUCUUUUUAUAAUGGUUGAAUUCAUCAAUACCUCUCGAGAAUAUACGUUUUUCGUUUCUUUGUUACAAGUUUAUCGAGGUACGGUCGUGUGCUAUAAGCUACUCCUAUGUAAAGUGAACAGUUUGAUGAGGUUUGACAGAUAUCUACUCCCAUGAAACCUCCACCAAAAUCAAAUUAUUGAACAUUUCCAUUACCCUCAAAACUUUUCUCACGCCCUGUUAUAAUUACCCUUCCUCUACUCCCAUCCCCAGGUAAACACUGAUCUAUUUGCUGUCAUUGUGUGCAUUUUCUAGAAUUUUAUAUGAAAGAAAUCUUGCAAUAUGUACUUUUUCUGUCUGGCUUCCUUCAUUCAGCAUAACGUAUUCGAGACUCAUCCGUAUUGUUGCAUGUGUCAGUAGUUCGUUCCUUUGUGUCACUGAGUGGGGUGCUAUUACGUAGCAUGUAA